GCACACGGACUUCUCCAUUCCUGGAUCCCCCCCCUCAUCUUUAGCCGUAACGACUGUCUGAUCGAUCGGAAGGUUGGAAACGUUUCUCCCUCGGUUUCAGGGUCUCUCGGUGGCUUUUUUCGCUCCCCUCCCUCCCGCACAUCCUGCUGUUGAUCGUGAGGAGUCCGCUGCGUGUGAGAUUUGAAGAUUCAUCGAGCCCGACUGCACGAAGUUGAUCGGCGAGCUAGCUAGCUGGCCACCUAAGCUAACUCUCGGCUAGCUUACUUGCUAACUAGCUUGCGGUGCUGGUCGGGGGAGGGAGUCCAUUUUCGCAGACCGUUUUGGGGGCGUUGUUGUUGUUUUUUUUUUUACAUUACAUUGAAGCUGAGUGUGGCUGCUCUCCCUGUAGUUUGAAUAGUAUUUCACGGUGAGGUUUGAAGGAGUAAGCCGGUUGUUUCUUAGCUAGCGUGCUCUUUGUAGGCUGCUAGCUAACACCCUGCGCAUUUAGCCUGGAAGCCAGUUCAAGGCCUCAGUCCAGAACCACCACCAGCUCCCUCCCUCCCUCCACCACCUCAGGAUUCGCAUUGCCGUGCAGUGAGAGUUGACAGGUGAGUAACAAACUGUCCUCAGACUUAUCGGGGGUUAAAGUGGACAAAGGGGGGCGCUGUGGUUUAUAAACCCCGGGCUGUCAGGGGGGUCGUUAGCAUGCGUGCUAACUGGAACUCAGCUGGAUUCAGGGGGGGUUGGGGAGUCCGCGGAAUCACACCGGAGGUCGCCAUCUUUCACUUGGAUGCUGCUGCAAAACCAGAGAGUCAGACAUGGCUGCUACUUUGUGGUCCAACCAGGGGCGCGUCCAAAGGGGUGGGAAGGGGUGGCGUGGGCCCCUUUGGAAUCUGACUGGCUAAUACUGCUGUCAAUCAAAUCCCUUAAAGCAGGGUACAGGCCGAACAGUUGGGAGUAACUUCAAGUUUUUGUUCACAAUGCUUUUUUUUAAAUCCAGCAUGAGUUUGAUGUAUUUUGGGAUGUAUUUACUCCAUGAUCAGAUGUUGCUUUCAUGGAAAUGCACCAUUUUACUGCAUUUACCUUUAGAUAUACAUUGAUGUUAACAGACCAUUGCUAAAAAUAUGUCAGCAAAAGAUAAUAAGGGCUUAGUUUUAGAAUUGAAAACAUUUGCAAGAGUCACAACUUCAGUGAAAAAGCAAAAAAACAAAAAACAAGUCACAGUUGGAUUAUUCAUUUCAAUUUUUUGGCUUUUGAGAGUCUGCAGACAAAAAUCCUAAUAAAUCUCAGCUGCGUUCAAACUACCGCAAAAAUGGCAAGAAAGAAGCAACUGAGUAAAGAAAUAAAAGUACAGAUUUGUACAUUGAGGAAAGAAAGAUACAUAGGAAGAGAAAUUGCAAAACGCCUAAAGGUGUUUAACAAAGGAGUCCACUACACUCUGAAGAGACUAGAGGAACCUAAAAGUUAUGAUGAUAGAAAAAGACCUGGACGAAAGAGAGUUACUACAAAAGCAGAGGAUAAACAUAGCAUUGUCACCAGUAGGGGGGUCGGUGAAAGACAGCACCACAAAUAAGGGAGGAAAUCAACAUGACAAGGUCGAAACCCAUAUCUCUGACAACCGUGAAAUGACGUUUGAGAAAGGCUGGUCUGAAGGGUUGUGUAUCUGCAAAAAAAACAAUAAUUCGUCCACAGAACAAGAAAAAGAGAUAUGAGUGGGCAAAAGCUCACAAAAAUUGGACUUAUGAUGACAAGGAACAAGUUUGCACUGUUUGGUUCAAGACGCAGAGUCUAUGUCCACAGACAAACUGGUGAACGUCUGAAAGCACCAUGUGUUACACCCACAAUUCAGCAUGGAGGUGGUAGUGCCAUGGUAUGGGGAUGUUUUGCAGGUGAUGAAGUAGGAGAUUUGUUUCAAGUAAAGGGUAUCAUGAAGAAGGAACAGUACCACACCAUCCUCCAGCACCAUGCUGUUCCAUCUGGACUCAGACUUGUGGCUCAUAAGUUUGUUUUGCAGCAAGACAAUGACCCUAAGCACUCUGCCAAGCUCUGUCAGGGUUACCUAGACAAAAAAAGAAGAGGAAGGUGUUCUUCAAAAGAUGGUUUGGCCCCCUCAGUCUCCAGACCUGUCCCAGACGAAUCCUUUUUAAUAGGAGGAUACAACUGGGGCGGGUCGUCAUUCUCAGUCUCUGACUGUUCUUGGUCCGGUGUUAUGCUGUAGAAUGCACCCCUGCCGUUGAAUGCACCCCUGACGGGAGCGCGGUUGAAGUGCAUAACCACCCCACCGACCAAGGGCGGAAGAUUAUCCUAUAAGAUUAUCCUGUGGUCUCAGGUGUAUUAAGGGUGAGUUUGUCCCGAUAAUUGGGUCCAAAACGGGUCGGGGCCGUCAAUCGUAAAUAUUAAACUGGGCCAGUCCAUUACGGACUACAGCGGGGUGACGCAGCUCAAGGAAGAACAUUUAUGAUCGUUAAUUUAUCAUUUCCUUGUGGUAAUAAUCACCAUAUUAAUCAUUUUUCACUGCAGACGUGCCUUAGCGUCUCGGUCUGAUUGUAUUUCCAUGAAGAAAUGAUCAUAAAUGUUCUUCCUUGAGCUGCGUCACCCCGCUGUAGUCCAUAAUGGACUGGCCUGAGGUCUCACUACAAUCAAGCGGCUGCUGGAAGAGAGUAGGUGAGUCGUGUUUGGUCUCUUUCCAAAAGAAGUUAGGCAAAGUUAAGAAGAUGUAACUUAAUUUUAUGUCGGAAUAUCCCUUUAAUGGAAGUCUUUUGAAGUGUCGUAAUCAGACAUCAGACACUUUUUUAAAGUCUAUACUUAAAAUAACGUACUUUAACCAUGGUGGAAUCAAGUACCGUUGGUCGUGUUUUUUGUCUGAUCGAUGUAUUCCAACACAGGUGAGACUUGGUGUUCUUGAAUCUGAAAAGAGGUGUGUGUAUAAACCACUUUUAAUAUACUACUAAUGCAAAAAUUGAGCCAGUAUACCAGCAUGGCGCAUAGCAGCAAAAUGCCAAUGUCAUGCAUCCCUGUUCUGCAUUGAUUUGAUGCAGUCACAUGAAGCUGAAACUGUCAGCUAUCUCCAGGGUACUUGAUGCUUCACGGUGAAAAAACUGCUUUGGAUUCAGAGGAAACAUGUUCAUGAACAACAUGCACAAACUCAGCAUUUGUUAAUAAUUGUUCUUUAAAUGAACUUUACAGAUUAUAGUGGGUGUUAGUGGUGGAUUGGGUUAUAUUGUAAGAUGCUCCUACUAUUAAGCUCCCCUCAUGGUUGUUGAGGCAUUAUAAUGAGCACCUUUCAGUAUAACAUGAUACUAAAGUAUACUUGCGCGACAGGUGUAGACACUAAAAGUAAACAUUGGUCCACAUGGUCCAGUUAGCAGUCACAACAUUACAGAGAAAAGUCUGAAAACACUGUCUAAAGUUCUGUCUUAUGUAAUCAAACAAAUUCUGAGGAAACUGUGAUAAUAGCUGCAGUGUUGUGUGCAUGUUUACAUUUUACAGUCAUGCAUGCACAGGAGUCACUUCUCUGUGUUCAUGUUCAGUGAUAACCGACUUUGUAAUAGAUCAAUUAUGGAAAAUGACAAACUAGUGACAACCAGACAGACAGAUGUCUUCAGGUCAUGAGACAGACAUUACACGUCCUGUGAUGUGACUAAUAUGCAUGGCGCAUUGAAGUUGGUAUGGUUUGAUGGCAUAUCCUCCAGCUUGAUUUCACUCUUUAUUUUAGUUAAUUUGUAGUAGAUUUUAUUCAUAUUUUAUUUUUAAAAAGUGCUGUCGCACAUGAAAGUAGAAUAGAAAUAGACAUAAAGACAAGAAGAUUAAAUUAAAACAGUUUUGAAUAAAAGAUGAAACUCAAACCUUUUAAAAGUUCAUAAAAUAAGUUAAAACCAGGGCAAGUUGAAGAAGUAAGGAGCACACAAAGAACUUAAGGGGCAAAAUUGUUCAAAUAAUGUGUGACUUAAUGUCUGACUUUACUACUUCUUUUUGAAAUCAAUUUUAGGUCAAUUGGUCACAUGACAUGGAAGCUAUUGCAGGAAAACAGCCUUUUCUGAGAACAUUAACCGGUAAUUUAUUGACGGUCCCUUUUUCGAUGCCGAGUAGAUUUAACCGCGCUGCUGUUGUUAUUCCCGGUUAUGGAGAGUUAGAAGACAUGGAAAAAAUUUGUUGCUUCAGCUGAUUUUUUUUUUUUGUGCGCACAUGUACCCCUAAAUAAGUUCUACAAUUCGCACAGAUCUAUUUUUAGUAGCAAAUGUGAGUGAAACGGUCGCACUGUCGAGCCCUGGGAACUCAUAACCAGUAAAAGCACACUUAUAAAAAUGAGUUUUAAUAGAGGAAGGAAAUAAAACUCUUAAUGCUGUUAUCACAUUUAAAGAUCUGCACACAUGAGUUAUCGUUACCGCCUUUGUUUGUCAUCUCCAGAGUUAAUACUUGAUUAAAGAAAUUAUAAAUAUUUUCAUUAUUGAAGGCCUGAAAUGCUGCUCAUAUAUUGCGUCUAAGCUGUAACUAGCUGGAGCUACUGCUGGAAUAUUAUAAUGCUCUACAAACCGGAUGUAAACAAACACAGCUCAAGGUCCCUACACACCCGGAAUGACGCAAAUAUAUGCUGCGGAAUUACGAAAUAUUCGGAGGCGAAUUUUGACGCUUACUCAAUACUCAAUAAAUCAACUUUAUAGGACAGCUGCAGAAAAAUCCAUCCCUCAAACUGUCUGUCAAAAACAUUUCAAUUAAAAGUGUUUUACACAGUUGUGUUUGUUUUAAAGUAUUUUAAAAUGUAACUUAGACAAACCCGAUUAUUUUGAGAACUUUAAGAACGAUCUUAGAAAUAAGUACCUGAAAGGAUGUUUAAGUUUGCGCUCUUUUAAAGUCCUAAUUUCACACCCUAAGAUUAGUGUGACGUCUGAAUGACACUUAAGUAAUAAGUGGAAACAAUUAGAUAAUCUCAUUCAUACGUGCGUUUGUGUUUGUGUUGUGUGUGCACAUACUUUACGACACCCCUGCGUGACUCAGUGCACCGCUCGGGCCUCCCCUGCCAAAAGACUCUGGACACACCCCUGCUCCUCGUCACCUUCACAUGUGACGUUGUUUUGCUUUUUCUCUCCCUGCUGCGUAAACGAAACUCAUCGUCAUCUAUCACCCAAAUCCGGCUCGUACUUUGCCCCCGUGAGACCCUGACAUGUACCCGAGCAGAGUGUCUCCGCACGGCCCUCGGCACGGCGUGACAUGUGAGCUGCAGUCUUUCUUGGCUGUGUCAGCUGCUAAAUACACCUGCAUUGCGUCUGUAGUGUAAGUUUCAGUGUUUGACUACCGGGGUUGAUCCGAGAGUGUGCAGCAUAAUGAUGCAUUUAUACCGACUGACCCCUUAAAGCGAUAAAAGUGAUAAAUAGGAGGAGGGGGAGCUGAAGUUCUGCUGUGACCCGUGGAAGAAUGAGCUGCUGAUGGUCCCAGACGUGUAGGCGUGGCAUUUGGGUUUCUUGUGCACAAACGAACAACAACAAUAAUCCAGAUAACAUUGUUCCUGUCUUACUUCAGCUCAUAGUCGUCUUUAGAGACUCAACAUGAAAAACUGUGAACUUAAAUGUUAAAUCUUGUGCAGGAAAAGCACAAAAACAUCUGAAGACAAGCAGGAUAGAAGUCUGCAGACUUUGAUAUCGAACAUCAUGGUGGUUGGUAGCUCAGAACGGCCUCCUGUUGUUUCUUACAGCUAAAGCUUUGUUUUAAACUCCUGUGUUGACUCGACGCUGAGGCAUAUGCUGCAGGUUUAUGUCGCCUGUGCUCUGGUGUGAAUUUCCUCGACCAAUAUUGUGAUUUUUAAUGUUUGUCAGCUGAAAAACUUGGACAAAUUCAGGCUUUGUUUUAUCAACGAGACAAUGACAAGACUGAUAUUAAAAGCGUUUUUGUAAAUACAUUACAAAACAAGCUGUUUCUUUAACAGAUUCCUGCCUACCCCACCUUUAACACUUCAACUACAAACAGAGAACGUAUCAGGACCAGAAACCACAACAUGAUGAGCGCAGAUAUCGCACUUUUAAAUAGACUCUCGGUCAAAAUGAUCCGUUUCUCAGAGAUGAUACAGAUUUCCCGUCUCUGGAGUAGCAGGCUGUAUAAACUGGAGACAAACCAGGAUGUCACACUCCCACAGGGACAUGUAAGAUGCCCGGUGACCAUCCUCCAGCAGGCGGUAACCUACUGACUAAAAAUACACUCCUCCUCACCCCUCCUGUUGCAUUUUUUCGCCGGUGGAGGGGUUGAGCAUCAGGCUCAUUUUGUAUCAACAGAGACAUUCAGGUGAUAAAUCACCUCCUCUGAAGACCGGGGGUGGAAACAGGACGGUGUAGGAAUCAGGAUGAGGAGGGAGGAGGACCCGGCAGAGCUGGUGUUUUGGUUCAGGCCUCGUCUAGACGCUGUGAUUGACUCACUGCACCAGCAGAGGAAAUGACAUACACUGUGACCAGGGUCAGCCUUUUAUGGCAUGUGUGGAGUCAGACGGCAUUUCAAACAUUGAAGGGAGUCUUGUGAUCGCUCUCUGCCCUGUGGACCAUAAAAAUACCAAAACAUGUUUGAUUACAGAGCAGUUUGUGUCUUUAACGUUCUGUCCGGCGUGGUGGGCUUGGAGUACAGUGUGACGUCCCUGAACUGGUCGUGUUUGGAGAUUCAUAUCAGUUCAGAUGGCUUAUCAAACACCUAUUACCCACAUGGCAGCAGCAGAGAAAAAAAAAUGUUUUUUUUACAUUAUACUUUUGUAAAAUGACGUUAUUUUGAAAAAGCGUCAUGCAUACGUCUGUGGCAGGUUUGACAAAGGAUGUUUGUGAGGCGUGUGAUGAUAUUAAAAUCACAUGAUUAAAUGAUGCGUCCAUGUAUUGCAAAAAAAAGACGAACUGUAGACCUGAAAAAAACAAAAACAAAGCCAUGUGAUCUCUUCAUCUCUCUCAGUGUUAUGAGGAAGUGAAGCUGCAAGUGCUUCCUGUAAAGUCUUUGGGCCUGGCUGGUAUCACAGGUGUAGCUUCUGUUGUAUAAACUCGGCUUGAUCUUGACAUGUUUGGGUGCCAUGGAGAUGUUUUUGAAGGCGACGGCUCUGUGACAGAGUCUGUAAUGUUUGUCUUUCUGCAGCCAAACCACCUUCAUGUAAGUGAAGAUGAUCCAUGUAUAGCUUUAAUCGAGUCGUGCAGAUCCUGAAGAUGUUGGUGUUAUAGCUUACCUCAAUGUCUAGGUUUGGUUCUAGGGCUGGGCGAUAAACUAAAAAUUUAAAGAUACCGAAAUUUACAACAAUAACCAACGUCAUUUUGCCCAUGUCAAUAUAUAUUUGGUUAUCAAAAUAAUUGAAUAAAUCAAAGUUGUUUUUGGAUGUGUGUAGGUAGGCUGUGGUCUCAUGUCCGAUGAACCGUCCUCCAUCUCCUCACCUGUCUUUCCCUCUUUAUUACGGACUGGAUGGGGUGGAGUCACGUCUCUGACGUAGGACAGCGUCUUAAAGGGACAUGAGACCAUAGCCUACCUACACACAUCCAAAACCAACUUUUAUUUAUUUAUUUAUUUGACACUGAAUAUACCAAAACGGGAAAAUGAGGUUGGUUAUUGUUGUUGCAAAUUACGGUAAAUUUUCUGUUUAUCGCCCAGCCCUAAAGUGUUCUCAAGUGAGUGUUUUAGAUCUGAUUCAGUGGAAUUUAGGAUGGAAAGAGGGUGUUGUCAUUCAAGGAUACGUCAAACACUCAGCACAUGCGAAAAGAGACGAUUCAUUGUCGCCUGAUUAAAACUGGACUUUUAAAAUGACGACGUAAAUUUCGGUAUUGGUAAAUUUUCAGUUUAUCGCCCUGCCCUACGUCUAGCUAUCAAAUCCAGUAGUGCCGAUCCUGGGGAUGUUGUUGUCAUGGCUACCCUCGCCUUCUCGGUUCAGUCCGACUCACUGAAUAUAUGUUUUGACUCUCAAGAACCUUUUAUGGUCGUGUCAGAUUAGUCGCAGGUUUCUUCUUAUUAAAUCAGAAAUGAAAGUAAGAGCGUGAAACGAAAGCUUCAUGAGGAUAAUCCCAGCAUUAUGUGCCGCACCUUGAGUCAAACAUGUUACACACACACACACCUCUGAGGCGUUAGUGUUGACUCUGUUUAGUCAGGACGGCGUUACUUCUUGUCUCCCAAACAAAACAGAUUGAAGGAUUUGGAUCAGAGCGGCUGGUGUGGGUCCAAGUUUAGCUCCACGGUUAAAGGCAAGGGUUUUCUGAAGAAAGGGAAACCUGAGCAGCUCUGAUCAGAGCGUCCCUCACACGUAUUUGUUUAAGGUGUCUCUGCAGCCCACGGGUCACAGGAGUUCAAUGUAGUUUUCUGCAGACAGAGAAAGUCCGUCACACAACAGCUGUUUUGAUAGCUGUGUGUGUUAGCGGAGGGCUGAUGUGUUGAGCCCCGUUCAUGGCGGUGGUACGACACACGCGUUACACACUCCUUGUAUAGGAACGAGUAUGUGGAUCAAAGGUCACCAGCUUUACAGCCAUGCCAUUCUUUUUCUGCUUUGUAUGCAAACACAGCCAGGACCCGUGUCGCAGACAGGCACACGAUUGUUGGGCCAGAUUAUCACCGCUUCACAAACGGCUCCAGCGGGACAGAAAAAAAAGGUGUUUCCAGAGAUGUUUGAACCCGUGGGGUGCUCCUCCCUGUUUAUCUCACUGAAUGUGUAACGCAGAGGUCGGGUUCAGAGCUGGUGUGACUGUCACCGCUGAAGCUGCUACUACGGAGGUGAAAGUGAUGUUAACAGAGCGGUCCACGUCAGAGCUCCGGAGUUUGUCUGGUGUGAAAAUUAAAGAGCAGAAAUUACAGUGUAAGAGUUUACAGAUCACAGACUUCGGUUCAACAGCAUUCAGCAGAAACCUUGAAAAAGCUGAUUCAUCAACAGUGACGGUGCAUUUUUAGGGACUUUUACUAGAUUGUGUUAACACAGAGUAUAAAGAAAUUUACACCUUAGAGAGUUAAAACGGCUCAGCUUCGAGUCAUCACCGCUGUGUUUACCACAGGUCAUAUGACAUGACACACUCAGAAAUCAUCUUCUUAGAAAGUUCACUAAAUGCUUAAAAAAACAUGACAAAAAACACAAAAAUAUUUACUGAAAUGCUGAAAAUUUACAAAAAUUUGAAUUAUUUUUUGACCACAAAAAUUUUUCCUUUCAACAAAAAUAUGUUUGAUGCAAAAACCUCUCACAAAAUAAACAAAAUGUUAUUGGAUUUAAAAGUUUGCAUUUCAAAAAGUAGUAAUUUUUUUGAUCAAAAAAAAAACAUUUUGUGAAACUUUUUAAGGUUCAGUGAAAUAUUUUUGUCUCUUAAUGACUUCUCUUUCAUUUGGUUAUUUUGCAUUUGUAAAAUAUUUUUGCAAUUUUUUGAAUUUUUCAGAAUUUUUUAUUUGAUCCUCCUUUUUUUCCCCCCCAAAAUAUCUUGAUUUAUGUGAAAUCGCUUACUUGACAUAUUGAAGAGCUGUUAGAUGAAUCUGGUGAGGGGGCCAUUACUACUGUAGGAGCUCAGCUGCUGAUGGAGGGACCUGAACCCCACGAUCAUGAUCAAAGUUAUCAUAUCAGAUGUUAUAAACAGCAACAGUUUGAUUACUAAUUUAUAAAUGGAUGGAUAUUUGCGAUAUGGUGCAUUUUUCUCUCAUCAGUCAGCAGCUUCGUUUAAUCCUCGCAGACAGGUUACAUCAGUAAAUACGCCUUUUUACAUCAAUAUUUAUCAAGCGUUGAUGAUUCAUUCAUUUAUUUUCCCUGAUGAUUACACGCUGCUUCAUGAUUUGCAUCCUGGAAGAGGAACUUUAUUCAUUAGAUGGUUUUCAGUAAUGAACUCGUGAUGAGCGACAGGUCACUGAGUAAAGAGCAGAAUCAUGACACUCUUCUGAAGAACAUCUCAGUCCUCCUCUGUGCUGUCGUUGAAUCUCUCAAGUGUUCACUCUUCAUGAAGUUACGCAUAAUCGUCACAUUAGCAUGAAAACGUUCUCCUCGUCCGCUCUGUGGUCUUCUAAAGUUCACCGCUCUCUCACAGGAUCCUCUGGAGUCACUAUCGGACACUGCCCUCUCGCCUUUUUUCCACCGCACACGUGUCACAACUGAUAUUACGCCGCAGAUCUGUGAUCCACAUCUCAUUGGUGAAACUGACUUUGUUUGUCCCCUCUGCCCCCCUGUAGCUUACUUGGUGACACAGAGACUUCUCCCUGAGGAGCCAAGAAGCAGACGGCUCAUGACUUCUGACCAGGACACGAAAGUUGUAGCUGAACCACAGGUGCAGCAAGUCCAAGAGGCAAAAGAGAACUCUCAUUUGGUGAGUGAAGCCGAGCACAGACACAGACACAGACACAGACAUCAGCUUUUCUGUUUUUUUUGGAUACAGCAGAGACCUUUUCCUGACAGUAUGAAAAAUCCUGGAACUCCUCUGACGCAUGUUUUGCUCUUUUAGUCGUAGAAGUUGUUUUUUUUUCCGGAGCAGAUUUGAGUUUAAACAAUUCGCAGAUUCGUCAAUAAACACGUUUGGUUCAGCUGUAGGUUUCAGGACAUGACUGAUGAUUAAUAUUUAGUAUCAGGAGCAGUUUUGAGCUGCUUUAUCUCACAGAAGGAGAAUUUCAAGGCAGCUAAUAUGUGUUGAGGGUUCAUGCUACUGUUUGUGUUAGGCAUGUCAGUGUGUCUCCAACCACACAAUCACCGAAGUCCAGAAUAGGGCUGGGCGAUAAACCGAAAAUUUACAGAUACCGAAAUUUAUGACAAUAACCAACAUCAUUUUGCCCAUGUCGGUAAAUUCCAUGUCAAAAUAAAUAAAUACUGUAUUUUUCGCUCUAUAAUGCGCACUUAAAAUCCUUUAAUUUUCUCAAAAAUCCUCAGUGCGCCUUAUGUAUGAAUUCUGGUUGUGCUUACUGACAUAUCAAAAUUAAGAUUCAAAAAGUUCCUGCUUUUUAUGUCUCUGCUGUCAAUCACUUCACUAAGUGUCUUAGGGCUGGGCAAUAUGGCCUCAAAUCAACAUCAGGAUAUAUUGAUCAGUUCACCUCGAUAACGAUGAAUGGACGAUAACUACUCCACAAGCUGCUCCACAUUAACUUUGUCUGCUUCAGCCGCUACAACUUUUGAACCGUCCUCCAUCUCCUCACCUGUCUUUCCCUCUUUGUUACGGACUGGAUGGGGUGGAGUCACCAUAUCCUAUCUACACACAUCCAAAACCAACUUUGAUUUAGUUCUGUUUUUUGACACCAAAUAUAUUGAUAUGGGCAAAAUGACGUCAGUUAUUGUCAUGAAUUUCAGUAUCAGUAAAUUUUGGGUUUAUCGCCCAGUCCUAAAGUGUUAUUCAGUGAGUGUUUUAGAUCUGAUUCAGUGUCUUUAAGGAUGGAAAGAGGGUGUUUUCAUUCAAGGGUACAUUAAAGACUCAGCACACGCAGAAAGAGACGAUUCAUUUUAGUCUGAUUAAAACUGAACUUUUAAAAACACUUGAACACGUUAAUCUGACUGAAAUAAUUCAGACUUUUUCUUGUCUGACUAACAUCCCUGGAUAAUGUGGUUGGAGAUGGAUUUCUUCUGUCAUGUUUCAUACUCCUUAAUCGGACUGAAACUGUCUGAUGUAGGCUGUGAAGAAGAGAUUGAAGACAGAUUGAGAUCCAAUGUCAAGUUUUUGUUUAGUUUGUGUUUACAACAAGUUUUAAAAAUGUUGAAAGUGUAAAAAUGAAGCUGUAGCUGCUGAGGACUGUCGUCAGUUAUCAGAAAUCUCCAUUUACUAGUGAUAGAUUGAGUUGCUGAUGAGUUUAAGCCCCCGCUCCCUCACCUUUACAAAAAUCAGGGCGAACAUUUUGAUGCAGCGCUCUCUCAACUCAACUCAACUUUAUUUGUAAAUCACUUUAAAACAACCACACCUGAACAAAGUGGUACAUAAAAAGACAAAACAACGCAGACGUAAAAAAAACAAUCAAAAAACAAUCAAAGAGCAAUUAAAACAACGGAUAAACUAAAAGCAGAAUUGAAAAGUAAAAUAAAGUUUCAGUGUUUUUAAAAACAUAGAACCAAAUAACUAAAAACAAACCAUAAAAAAACAAAACAAAACAGGAGCCGAGUCUCAUGCUGAGAGGGUUAAAAGCCAAUGAAUAAAGAUGGAUCUAAAAAUUUCAGGAAGUUUUUGAGGAGGCUCAAAUUUCAGCCUGUUUUUACCUGGUGUUGAUUUCAUGAUAGAGAAGAGCUUUGUGAAGAAACACGAGUCUGGUAACUUUAUCAUCCAUGACCUCUUUUUAUUUCCCUCCCUUCACCAGCCGGAUCUGUUCAUAUCAAUCACUGCUGUACAUCUGAGCUUUCACUGAUUUUGUCUUUCCUCGACAUGGAAAAGUUUAUGAAAUGAUGUUGUUGUUACAUCAACCUUUAGAUUAAAAAAACUCAUCAGGCCAAAUCAGGACAAACCAGGCCACACUAUGUGACGCCAUCUGUCACCUGUGUGUUUGUUUACAUCUGAGGAGUCGAGGAUUACAGCAUCAUUGUCGACAGCAUGUUUAAAACAUCACAUUUCUCUUCGUCUGGGCUUUAAAGUCAUUCACAGUCGACUCAUUUUGUCCCAGACUAGAUUCAGGAAGUAUCCGAGUCGAGUUGGCAUCAGUAAACCUGUGCAGGUAAAGUUAGUUUUUGGUCAAAGUUGUCAGGUUUCAGAACAGCUGCUGCUGCUUCAUGCAAAGUUCAAACACAUCACGCCGUUCCUCCUGCUGUCCAGAGCCAGACGUAGAAUUACCUCCGAACAGAGCAGAGCCCCGGCACUUUGUCGACACCUUUUAUUAGCGUGUUCCCCUCUUAAUUCGAGGUUGUGUGCUCACUUAAUCACGGGUUGUGUCUGUGAAACUGCGAGCAGAGUGUACCGUACGUUUACGCUUUAUUAAGGUCGAUAGUGAAACGGUGUCAGCUGUGAGACUCAUGAGUGAUAACACGAUAAAUAAGCCAAUCUGAAGGGUCACAUGAUGGACCAGGACUUCCCCAGGCUGUCACUGAGCUCAUUUUUGCUCGCUUUCUUUAAAACGGAGAAGGCUAACCGGCGCGGGAGCUCAUAACUCAGUCGUCUUUAGGAAAUAAUAACCGCUCAGGACUCCUUAGGUGUACUUAUGUCGUUUAAAUCAACCUCCCACCUUCACCACAGGUGCAGUUUCAGUCUGUGGAAAGCCCUGAACACAUUGAGGACACUCUGCCAAACUAAACAACCACUCACUGCCUCCGUCCACACCUGGCUCAUUAGUUUUUUCGAACCUUGAAACAUUUCCAGCUGUCAGCGACGAACUCUUCAAAGGACUCGGUGCAGGAUGGAGAGCCUGGAACGUGUUUGAGUUUUUAGAGGUGAUUGGUUGUCCUUGCAGGUGGCCCUGUAAAGCUUUUGGUUUGGAUUGGAUGUCAGUUCGGCUGUCCCGGUUCCAGAUGAGGAUGUGUCGAUGUGUCUCCAUGUUUCUCUGACGAGUUUUAACCACCUUCAUGUAGGAAAGAAGUAAACAGACGGCCUUCAGGCAAAGAAAAUGUCCUGUUUCCUUACUGAUCCAAAAUUAGGAAGUGGAAAGAGCCCGCUGUCUUUUUUCCACUGUCAUUUCCACACGAUCCAGAUCGGAGGGAAGAUUGGCAGCUUGACUGAAGGAACGAUGACGCCGCCCCCCUCCUCCUUCUUUGCUCGGGUCCAGUGGGCUCACGCUCCAGGCUGUAGGUCUCUGGGAUCAGCGCUGUGAAAAGACGAGAAAAAAUAAUAACACUGCUUUUAACACACUUUUGAGGAUGAAGAAGUUAGAGAGCAAAAUAAGCAAAAUUACAUUUUUUUGUUUUGGAAAAGUCAUAAAAUAGAUGUAGCUCAUUUUUCUCCGAUGAGAACAUGAGCCACGGUUGAAUCAUCCUAAACUCGAGUGUUUAAUUUCAGCAAAGACAUAAUCAGGAAAGGAGGGAUCGUUUUUCUUAGAUCAUCUACAAACAGACGGUUGUAAUGUUCAAAGAUAUCACUGCCAGAAAUGCACGAAGCUGCGUGACGAUCGAGCGUUGGUGGUAUCAAACAUGAGUUUAGCAAAAAUCUGUAUUUUGCUCAAGUUGUUUGUGAUCCAUCUUAAUAUAAAAAAAACAGGGUUUGGAUCCUGCCGGUCUUCAGGUUGGCCAGCUGCCGGAGUACGCCUUCGUUGUUGCGCCAUCUCCUAUUUCAUUAAUUCAUAAUUAAUAACCAAGCAGAAUAAAACACCCAGAGCCAGAUUAUUGUAAAUAUUUAACAGAUUAUGUUUCAAAAAUUGAUUAAACUGUAUGAUCAUUAGCCGACGUUGAAUCAUUCAUGACCUGAGUGUUGAUUCUUUAGUUUGUAGAAUAAACAGGAUCCAGAAAAGAAGAAUUCUUUUUAUUUUAUUAGUGAAAUCUUAAAAAAAUAUGUAAACGGAAGGUGAUAGUGCUCACAAAAAUAAAGUUACUUGGAAAUGAAGCAUCAAGAUUAUACAAAAAGUAAAUAUAGACUUAACCUUUUUGAUUAAGCGUGAUAAAAAGAUACUAAAAUAUUUAAUUUUUUUAAAGUCAGAACUUUAUGUGAGUUAAAAUCUUUUUCUUUUUUUGGUUUGGUGGUAAAUUUUUUUGUUAAAUAGCCUUUAAAUUUGAUGUUAAUUUGCUGGUUUGAACCUUUUCCACAUUUUUCUAAUAUAACUUAUUGUUUAUUUAUUCAUUUCUAUAAUUUUACAUCCAAAAUACUCUUAUUUGUUUAAACAUUAAUCACUUUGAGACAAAGUACCAUAUCGUCAAAUAAUGGCCCAAGUAAUUUUUUGAUGAAAAUGAGUUUUUGGCCCAAAUCAUCUCUUGAUAAUGCUGACCAUCUCGGGUAAAAUUGCCUAAAUCCUUAGUUGAAAGGAUCAUGCCAUGGUAUAAAUAACAUUUACUGACUUACUUAAAUAUGACAUAAUCGAAAUCAUCUUUAAAAUCUGAUCCUGCUUUAAUAUCCUCAAACCAAACUGGGGCAGUAGUAACCCAAGCCAUGUGGCAACUACCAAAGCUCAUCCCUUAUUCACAAACACACUCUAACACACUAACACACACACAGAGCGAUACACCAUAUGCUUUGCACAUAUGUGUCAGAGAAAGACCAGAAAUUGAACAUGACCUAUUUAUAGCCCUGUGUGUUAAAUCAAAUCUGUUACGUCCAUAAGCUGGAAAAGGAAGCAGAACCCCGACUGUUUCGAAACGGCCGAGCUUCAUUUAGAGAGAAGCUGCUCACUGAUACGGAGGUUAAUCAGAUUAAGGGAGCAGAAAAUGAACAAAAAGAGGUUUUCAGGUGGAGGUCACGCUUUAAAAAAAAUCUGUCUUCUCUCUCAGGUUAAAAAACCGACUGUUUGAAACCCAGUAUGUACUCAUUGUUGCACCAAUCUUGUAAUGCAGCGCAAUCAGGGCUUGAUGCACAUUUUAUAUUACAGCUGGGCGAUAUGUCCUCAAAUCAAUAUCACGAUAUAUUGAUCAGUUCACCUCGAUAACGAUACAUGGACGAUAACUACUCCACAAGAUGCUCACCCCCUCCCACAUUAACUUCGUCUACUUCAGCCGCUCCAACUUUUGAACCGUCCUCCAUCUCCUCACCUGUCUUUCCCUCUUUGUUACGGACUGGGGUGGAGUCACGUUUCUGACGUAGGACAGCAUCUUAAAGGGACAUGAGACCAUAGCCUACCUACACACAUCCAAACCAACUUUUAUUUAUUUAUUUUUUUGACACUAAAAUGACGUCGUUUAUUGUCGUAAAUUUCGGUAUUGGCAGAUUUUCGUUUUAUCGCCCUGCCCUUUUUUAUAUUUCAUAAUAAAUAUCCAUGCAUAACACCCAGGACCUUAUAACUGAUAGUGUUGGACUGCUCUGUCCACAGGGGGCGCCAAAAUUCGCCACAAACCAAAAAAUCCUCACAGGAGCUUUAAAGCAAAUCUUCAAAUCUUCAUGUUUUUCUGUGGUGUUAGAAAUCACUCACACUUUCAACCCAAUCUGCUUUAUUUAUAUCGCACAUUUGAAAAACAUUCAAAUUUUCCAAAGUGCUGCGCAGUAAAAUUUAAAAGAAACAAACACUGCAGGAAACAUCACGAAGAGAUGAAUAAAAGCAGGUUAAAAAAAACACUUAAAAUGAAAUAAAAUAAAUGAAAUAAAAACACAAAAGCAUAAAAGAAAUAAAAGUGAUAAAAGGACCAUAAAAUACCUAAAAGUACAGAGAUCACAAAAGUUUCAUGCUGAGCUAAAAGCCAAGGAAUAAAAAUGAGUUUUAAGACGUGAUUUGAAAGUAGAAAGAGUGUUUUAAUCUCGAGUGGCAAAAGCUCAGUCCCCAUGGGUUUUUAAACGUGUUUUGGAGACAAUGAGCUGAUCAGCAGACCUUAAGAAAAAACUUUGAUGCUUUCUCGCAGUGACUGGAUAGCUGAUACAUCGUCACCUGAUCACAUUUUAUUGACGUCAAUAAUAGAAGUAGUCUGUGGUGAUGUACAGUAUGUGUGAUGCUGCAGACUCCUCCUCCUCCUCCUCCUCCUCAGCAGCUGUCAAAGAGUGAAGAUGAGCUCCAGGUCUGCAGACUGACAAGCCCAAAUUCAGCUGUUUCCUGUUUCCCCCUCCCUGAAGGACUCGGGCGCGACUCUGCUGCCUCUGUGUUUCUGUCUGCCCCCUGCAAGCUCGCCUCCAUCAGAGAGGCAGACCAAUAAAGUCAGCGUUACGCCGGCUGGCCUCCGAUGACACCGACAAUAACUCGUCUCUGUCCGCACUUCGUGAUGAAUCACAUCCUCUUGUCUCCUCCCAAAAAUACACCCUCAAUCAGGGAGGCAGCUAACCUUUUCCUCCUCUGAGAAGGGAAGGAACAUUUUAAAAUUUGGAAAGGUCAGGCGGUCCCCAGAACGUACACAUCCGGUGAUGUCAGCAACAGUUUCUAUGGCAGCCGGGUCGGCCAGGAGUGGGAGUUUUGCAUUAGUGCAGGGCGGCUUUAUUAGCAGAGGCCAGGGUGUGUGUGUGUCUGUCUGGAUGGAGGCAUCCUGAGUGAACUCUUGAGUGCAGCGUUUGUGAAAUACGACCCGGGAACAAUGUCUCCUCCUGCUCGUCUUGUACAAAGUCAGGCUUAUCUCUCUCUCUUUUCUCGCUCCCUCUUUUUAUCUGCCUUCAUUUGUUUCCCGACUAAUUCUAUAUUUAACUCGAGCGAGAAGCAGGUUUCCUUUAGUUUGUCUCCGCGACACGACUCCUCUGCAAAAUAAUCUAUUAAAACGAAGCUCAAGAGAUCCGAUUUAAUCUGAGCGACGCCUCAGGGUCGACGGAGCACGUGGAUCGGUGCAGCGGGCUUCAUCCGAGCUCAGGUGUUCAACUCCUAACACACCCUCUCCACAUCCAGCGUGAUGCCAGAGAAUGACUCAGUGCAACAGCGACAACACAAAAGCAGACACGGCUGCUCAAACAGGAGCGAGACAGCCAGUCAGCUCCUGCUACGUCAGCCGAGCCCACCGGGGAAGCAGAGCCUCAGUGCUGUCAUCAGAUUUGUUGAAUCAAGCCAGCAGCUCGGAUCGGAGGGGCCAGACGGAGCGUGGCAGCGGGGCUCGAUUUGAUGAAGACGACUCAGGGAGGUGCGGAGAUGGUGCACGACCGCGAGUUAAAGAGCUGGGUUAUGGUUUAAAGCAUAAAAUGCCGUUUUGGAGUCCUCCUCUUCCUGCCCUUGGAGAUACUUCGACUCUGUUGAUGUGUUUUGAAUCAUGGAUUGGAUGCAGUGGAGUCUUAUUCCUCCAACCACAGGGAGCGCUUGGCCUGCUAUUCCCCAGGACCUCAAUGAAACUCUGGCCUUGACCACGGCUCUGGGUUACAGUCUGUUAGCCUGUGAGACAUGCGUGCUGAACUGCUGCUUUGAUCCCGUGAGUAUGACCAGCAGGCGGCCGGCCUUCACGGGUCUGGUCUCUGUCCGUCUCUGCUGUCUGAUGAGUUAGUCUGAGGGGUCUGGAUGGCAUUCGAGGGACACGAUCGGUGAACGCCUGUUAGAAGAUUUUUCAAGACUUUGUUACGUCUUAGUCGGCAUGUGAACAGUUAAAGGGAUAUUCCGGCGUAAAAUUAAUUUCACCGUAACACCGAGUUAGACACCCCCCCUCCAGAGAUGAAUGUUGCCGACCGCUUGCUUCUCCAGUUAUACCAACUUUAGUAACGACCGCACGAUAGCAAAACACAGCGGUCUGAGGAGUCAUAAACAAACCUCGACCAAAACGCCACUUUAUAGCCACAAAUAAUGCUCAGAACAGCACCUAACUUCAUCAACAGGACAUAUAGGGUCACAGCCAUCAAACAUCUUUUUAGCUUUGCCCAAAUUCUGUAGCAAAGUGACUAAACACGACUCACCUACUCUCUUCCAGCAGCCGCUUGUUUGUAGCGAGACCUCAGGCCAGUCCAUUACAGCGGGGUGACGCAGCUCAAGGAAGAACAUUUAUGAUCAUAUUUUUUAUCAUUUCGCUGAAGUGGGGAUCAAUUUACUCCUUCAUGUUUAUGGCUCAAUUAGACUGAAACCAGUUUUUGGAAAGGUGAAUUCCACAAAAGUGACGUUAAGCAACUUCGGCAGAUGAAGAAAGGAUGUUAAAAAAGACGUAACUUUCUAGGGGUGGGAGAAAAAUCGAUACAGCAUCUUAUCACGAUAUUUUGUCUGGUCAUAUACCGUAUUGUCACAUUUACCAAGUAUCAAUUCUUUCAUAUUGGCAUAAGUAGCACUUGUGCAGUCAAAUAAAAUGGUAUUUGUAGUUUGAAACAAAGUUUUGACUCAGUUUGUCCUCGGAUCAGUAUCCUCAUUUACAGCAACUUGUGUUUUUUAAUGAUUAACAAUGUCAAAUAACAUGAAAUAUUAUUACUAUAUUUUGAUAUGUCUUGUAUCAUGAGGUCCUUGCAAAUAUACAGCGGAAUUGUAUCGUUUCGAAUCAUGGCAAAUGUAUUGUAAUACUUAUCGUAUCGUGAGGUCCUUGCCAAUACCCACCACUAUAACUUUCCCAUCGUACAAACAAACAGUUCAGGCUAGCUAAAGGGACUGUUUUCAUCGUUCGGUGUAUAUCCUAUUAGCAUAGUGCUAACUGGUUUUGUCGAUUGUUGUAGUACUUAAUAAGCCAACCAAGAGAUGACCCAAUCGUAAUUUGUUAAACGGGGACAUGUCGCCACCUGCUGGAGUGGAGGCCAAAACAGUUUUGUCAAUAAUAGUUGCUUGACAAUCGCGCAUUGGUGGUGUAAUAGAUGAGUUUAGCUAAAAUAAGUAUUUUGCUCAAGUUGUUUGUGAUCCAUCUUAAAACAGGGUCUGGAUCCUUCAUGUUUUCAGGUUAGCUGGCUGGCUGCGGACAAACCCAGUUCGUCUUCGUUGUUGCGCCAGCUCCUGAAACUUGGUUUACAUUUCUUUAUUGGUUAGAUAUUUCAUAAUAGAUUCUCUCUUAAGCUCAGGGAUUCAGUUUGAUGAUUAUUAAGCGAUGUUGAAACCAACUCUGUUGCUCUGUCUGCUGACUUUAAAAAAAAUAAACUUGAUAUGUCCUGAGAUCGUCUGAUUUCCUGUUUCCUGUUGCGUUAAGGUGCCGUAGGAUAAAUGGGAAGGGGGACCUCAGGGGUUUGACAUAGGAUUUCCAUGAUUUAUGGUCUCAUUGUUUGUUUUUGGGGUGGUCUCCCUUGACUACCUUUCCAUAUUUCACAUUAGUGUUCUAUAAAAAACAAACAUCCGAGGGUCUCAUUUUCUUCUUUAGUCCUCACUGACCAAACUCUGUUCUGCUUCGUUCACAGGAAUCCGCCAAGGUUUCAGACCUCAACCCCAAUGCGAAAGCAUGGGCCAACCACAUGUUUAGCCUGGACCCCAGCGGGAGUGCUGACACCACAACUGCUGCCCUGCAGCCAUGGAAGGAAGGCUGCGAUAGUUUGGCCGACCCCGGCCCAGAAGGUGAGGUUCAAGAAGGUUGACGACUUAAAAAACAAACUUAGAGUCAAUAUAUCCUUAAAAUACAUGUAUGUAUAUAUUCAUGAGGGGUCAGAGCUGAACACAGCAGAUCUAUCAGACAGGAGGAAACGUUUUCUGACUUUUUUUAAUAGACUGUCAUAGUAUCAAACAAAUUACACCCUCUCAGACUGAGUGAUAUGUUAAAAUAUCAUAUAAAAGACAAAUAAUAUAUCAAAUUACGCUCUGGACUCCCAGUAUCAAACAGUUAAGUGCUUCAUUAAAGUAAAAGUGUUUAAAAGUAGAAUUGAGAUGGUUUAGAAGCCUCAUUUCUGAGUGUCAGUUUCAGGUGAACUGUGAGCAUGCACACACUCUUCAUAUCCACAAUAAUCCACCUGUGACCAUUUCUGUUUGCUUGUCGAAACAUCACCCUCACACCUGUUAUUCCACCCCGUCUUUGUCCGUUCACGCCACUCUUCACGUCACGCCGGAGACGCCUCUUCAAUCAUUCAUACCCAAUUUAGCGCGAGCUAUGAAUAUUCCCACCGCCGCUCAGUCCGCACAAAUGACAGUAAUCACUCACUUUAAUGUGCGCGGCCAAGUAUAGCCGACGCAGAGGCAACAAGGAUGUGGCGUCGAAACAGGAAUCACUGAUUAGUCCGUGUUUGAUUCUGAUUGACGUAUCACCUCCUUCGUCUGUGAGGAGUUUGGCGGAAAUGUAAAUCUGAAAUCCGGACGGUUGUUGUGGUGUUUUCAAUCAUUGUGGAGGGGGAAACCUUUUUUUAUUUCAGGGUCCUCCUCAUGAAGCACUUGUUGCUGCAACAAAACGACAAAAUCUCUCUCGGCGUUUGGACCGACCUGUUGUGAUGUAGGCGCUGCCCUUUUAAAAGCAUCAUCCUCUUAAGCCUUAAAAAUCCAAUAUAGUCCAGACGCUUGUCAUUUCUUGGCUCUUACGAUUACUCGCACAGUCCGGCGUCGCUGUAAUUCCUCCCUCUCUGAGCGGUCGUCAUGUUGUGUGUCUGGUAAACAGGUUUUGAAUUCACAGGCUUCAUUAAACUCCUCCAGUUUGAGCGCCGUCUGCGCCGCUCUUUCAAAAGUGAUUCUCAUAAUUGUAGGAUUUUUUUUAUAGGAUACACCGAGAGAGAGAGAGAGAGAGAAUGACAGGAGUUUUCCGUUGUUCCUGGAGAAAGGAUGAUUGUCGGUGGUUACAGAGCAGGAAAAUUGCUGGUUCACUGCAAAAAAACUAGCGUGAUGAUCUGGAGCUGGCUGCUCUCCCCAGAGUUUACCUGUCAGUCAAACUCUGUGGGCCGCAGGUGUCGGGGUUGAUUCACUUUCCAACUGUCUCAGCUCCCGUUAUUCACUCGAGUCUUCUUCGUUAUUAUAAACCAGCAGAAAUAAAACCGAGAACUUUGUUGUGUUGUUAGAAAUAAAAGUGCUUUCAUUAGCUGUAACCUCCAAGUUCGGGUUGACUGUAGGUCAGUUUUCUUCUUGAUUAUCGAUGUAAAUUUCAGAUUUGCAAAUAACAGUACGAUUACUGAGGCUGCCACAAACGUUUAAUCUGGUAAUCCACACGUCUGCGAUUAGUUAUUUUUGCGAGUAAUUGAUUAAUCGUGGCAGCCCUGAUGAUUACAGCACCACAGUCUUAACAGCCCACCCAGUUUUCUUAAACUUUAAUUUCUGUUAAUAAUGAAAGUGAGUGAGGGACCCGAUGAGUUGAUACUAUCAAGCUAGUAUGAAGAGUUAUGAACAGUUUCAAUGUCUCUCACUUUUUAUUCGGGCUGGGGCGAUAUGCUUUAUUCCCAAUUCGAUUCUUCUAUAAUUUUUUGGAUGCUGAUUCAAUUUAAAUUGCGAUUCUACGAUAUUGUCAAUUUUCUCGAUCUUUAUUCUACAUUUUGAACACCAUUGAAACAGCUAAAAAGUCCGUUUUUAAGAUUUAUUUUUAGGUUUAAAAGAAAAAAAAAUUUUGAACAGAAAAAUCGAUUUUAAAAAUUGUAAAACAAAAAAUCGUGAUACUUCUGUGAAUUAAUUUUUUCUCCCGCCCCUACUUUUUAGCCUCGUUAGCUCGUUAGCGCAUGCUUUCUCUCUCUGCUCGUGCUCAGUCUGUCCCUUGGCUCUUCAGACGCACUCAAACAGGUACACACACCUCCCUCCUCCUGCUCCUCUCCCUGCUCUCCUCUCUCCACCUGAUAGCUUGUUAAUGGGGGUUGUAACUUCCUGUUGCUCCCAAACUUUCUCUCAUGUUGAUCUGAGCUUCUGCUGAUGAUGAAGUGAAAGUGAGAGCUGUUUUGGGGGAGGGGCCACACCCACGCUCUGCAGAAGGAGGGUGCGCCUAAUUCAACAAAUAAGACGUAACAAGGGCAACACAGCAGUUGUUCAGUCUUAAUUGUCGUAUUUUUAUGAUGGUGGAGGGACAGUAAUGGUAAUCAGUCACUCAAAAAAUGUGGACGGACACUGAUUUAUUCCUUUACAUUGAUACUAGUCUGAAAACAAGUCCUCUGAUAUGGGGCUGGGCGAUCCACCGAAAGGUGAUCAAAUCUACCAGACGAGCUUUUUCCCACUGAGCGCGUGAAAAUGUUUACUUAUUUAGUAAAAUUAAAAACAAACGAGGCGUUCCGUCUCCUGGUCGGCGUCUCUUUUCCUUCUAACAAUAAUCAAAGUUUCCAAACCUCUUCUACUUCAUUAAUGUGCCUCCCUUUGUUUAAUGUCCCAGGCUAUGAAGCCAGUGAAGACAAGGCUUACAAGGAGCCCCUACUAACCGACCCAGAUGAGCCUCCGCCGGUCUCAGUAAUGCUGGCCGAGCCGGCCCCUGUGGCCUCCGUCACCCUGGAGUGCCCUGAGCCGGCCUACACAGAAUACUCCGAACCUGGGCAACCGGGGCGCACAGGUGGGCCGGGUGGGGGUUGGAUGUUUGUCAGAGAUUGUUCUCCAAAAGAAGAUGUUUGUUUACUUAACUGACAGGUUUGUUUAUUCGCGAUAUUUAGGAAACUAACACAUUCGUGAGGAAAAGAAGUGAAAGGCAAAAGUCGUUUCUUUGUUUUUUCAUCUCUUUGGUUAUUUGAAUAAAAAAUCAAGACGGUGUUAAAAGUUCUACUCAGCCUCAAGUUCCAGGAUUUAUCUCUCAGAGCGAUACAGCGACAGUUUAGAAGCUGUUCGUUGUUUCAUGUUUUAUUCACGAGCGCAUUAAAGUUUUAUGAACCGCACCAGACGGAGACGUUUGUCUUUUAACGUCCUUUACCUGAAGGGAAUGUCAGAAUGGCAAGAGUUAGUCCGACGGGAAAAGAGCAAAAGUUUGAGUCGUCAUGUGAUCGUGCUCUACCACCCGGAUGAAAACAAACACAAACGUCUGGACUGGACUGAUUGAUUUUAACCUCUGCUAAUGUUAGACUCGCCUCAGUGUUUGAUUUCUGUUAAGUUACGAACAUCCAGCCUGUUUUGCAUGAGUCAUUUUGCUCGUUUGUGUUUUUAUUUAAUGAUAAAGUCCAUGAAAAGUUUUUGCUCCAUCAUCAUCAUCAUCAUCCUGCUUUAAAUCCACUCCAUGUUUUCAGACCCACUUUAUUCACUUUGAUCGAGGACGAAUCACGUUGAAUCGUUUCUCUCUUGUGCGUCAGCAGGCAGCGACCCCCAGCAAGAGAAUCCCCAGGAGGGUUUGAGGGAACACCUGAAGAAGACUUUGGAGUUCUGUCUCUCCAGGUGAGUUCACCUUGAUGACAUCACACAUUAACCCUGUAUGCAGACCUGACCACGCCCUCUUUAGGGUGAAUGCAGGUCAUCUGAAUGAACCUGAGUCACGUCGUGGUAAAUAUUGUAGCCCCGCCCCCUCACACACCUCUCAUUGGUGGUUCUGAAUCUCCCAGGAACACACCUUUACCUGUUUGUGGUGUGUUUUACCUGAGACUCUCUAAAGGCGGAGUGUUUUCUUUGGAUGCUGUGAAUCAAUCGGGACGUUAACUCUCAAACAAAAUCCAACUAGAUUCUGCAAACGCCAAAUAUUCUGUUUCGGACCGCCACAGCUGUGAGUCAUGCUCCAGGUUAGUGAUGCUCCCAGGUAGAGUUGGGCGGUAUGACGGUAUAAAAGUGUUUCCCGGUAGAAAUUUUGAGAGAGACAGAGUAGAUGUCUGCUGCAUCUCUCUGAGUCAGUGUGUAGUCAUCUGCACUCGCUAACAGAAAAGCCGGAGCGCAUCCGUUUGGGUGCGUUUCCGUAUAUUCACUAGCGUGUCGUGCAGAGUUUGUUCGCUCCGUUUGAUUGGUCAGGUUUGGGUGCGCUCCCUAUAAUCACCAGCGUGUCCAGCAGACUGCUUUGUAUAGUUUCGACGAAGAAGAAACAGCUUCACCGGUGGUGGUCAUGGCGGACGCGGAGAUAAGUGGCAGUAACGAGCAAACGGAGGCAGCCCGACCCACCCAACAUGAGGAAGACGAGGAGGAACUCAUUCUGAAAAAGGGCACGAGUCACGACAUCGGUUUUCUGGAGAUUCUUCAGAUUUAGAAAAUCUGACAAUGAUCUAAAAACAAAACUGUGCGAAGAGUGUCGUGUGGCUGUCGUUGCUGGAGGAGGAAACACCAACAACCUCUUCCACCACCUCAAGAUGAAACACACUAAACUCUAUUAGGAGAGACAAAAGAUGCGUGACGCACCUGCUGCACCAGAAACUAAAACUGCAGCAGCUUUAGAGCUUGACAGUCUUUCGCCAAAGGUAUGCCAUAUGAUAAAAAAUCGCCAGACUGGUCUGACAUUUUGUUUAUUUGUAAACAAAUCAAAGUUUAAAAAUAAAAGGAAAAUGAACAUAUUCGACAGUCUGGUUACUUUGAAGCCAUUAAUUGAAUUUACAGGGUGAAAAAACAUACCGUGAUAUAAGAUUUUGUUUUUCCGCCCAACACUACCCUCCACUCAGCUCCUCUCAUCGGUUAUUUUGGGGAUUUCAUCAGGGGCAGUCUGACCCGGGAUAGUAAAUAUUGGACAUGUUUGGGGAGGCUCUGAAUCGGUCAGGAGCAGCAGAAGAAUCAUGUUGACGUCAAACACAGAAUCAGUCUGUCAUACUGGGUCCUAAACCUGGUCUAAAGUGGUCCAGUAUGAGGCCAGUUUGUUAAAGAAGUCUAAAAGAUGGUGCCGAAAUAUAACAGCAGGGGGUUUGAAAAGCCCGGAUGUCAGAUCCGUCCUCUCCUUCUUCUCAUUGCUCAGCAGCUGUUUCACACUCAUUAAUGGGUAAAAGCUCUUAAACGAGCCACAGGAAGAUAAAUGAGUCCUCCUAAGUGAUCAUUAAAGAAGACCAAGACCAGAGAGAAAGAGGCCGCUGUGGUGUCUGAGUGGAGUCCCCUCUCUGAAACGCUCUCCAUCACCGUCGACAUUAACAGAUCAUAUCUCUGCGGCACAAAAACAUCCUUUCUGUUUAUUGAUCAGUUAUAGAUUCAUCAGCUCCACAUUAAAGGAACAUUAUUCUGCCUCUCGUGUGAGUGUGAACAAAAGAAAACUACAGCGGUAAAUCUCAGUCCUGAUCGGUGUAAUUGAAGUAUUGAUAAUCCAGGGGUCAAUAUUGAACAAGUGUGACUCAGCUGUCUAAUCAAUGUGACACGAGCUUUUCUCCCUUUACAACAACAUUACAGACACACAAACGCAGAACAACAAAUCCUUAAUGAUACAACAGGAAGUCGGUCACAGCAUCGAACAGCUGAGUCAGGCUUUUAUUCUGAAAAUCUCAGCUUGUUGUACCAUUGUUGAACUAUCUGUUUAAAACGAGAAGUAAUUAAAGGAACAGUAAGAAAUAGGGCUGGGCAGUAAGGCCUCAAAUCAAUAUCACGAUAUAUUGAUCAGUUCACCUCGAUAAUGAUAAAUAGACGAUAAUUACUCCACAAGCUGCUCACCCCCUCCCACAUUAACUUCCUCUACUUCAGCCGCUACAACUUUUGAACCGUCCUCCAUCCGUGUAUCAUUCGUUCAUUUGAUUUUCAAAGUAAAACCUAAAAUGAAAAAAUGAGAAAACGAAAUUGUGUUCUCUGAAUGCUUUCCUAAUAUUCGUCUCUAAAACAAAUAAAUAAAUAAAUAAAUAAAUUUUAAAAAUGGAUAAUGGCUCAUUCUCAGUUUUUUGGUUUUCUAUAAGUCAAAUGAAAAUGGGAUAAAUGGAUAAUAACAGUUUUAUCUGAUUUAGACUUUUUUGUUCGUCGAAAGUUUAGUAGAAACAUAGAAACAGUAUUCUGUUUUGAACUGAAAAUACAAAAACAAACACUUGUUUUUGUAAUUUUUUUGGUUAUAUAGAAAAACAAACAAACAAAAUAUUGACUCGUUUUUUGUUUUUCGUUUACUAGAUUGAAUUGACGGAUAAUACACGGACCGUCAUGGCUGGAAUUGUUCAGAGCAACGAAAAAGUCUAAAUCAGAUAAAACUCAUUAUCCGUUCAUCCCAUUUUUAUUUGACUUGUAGAAAACCGAAAAUGAGGCAUUAUCCUUUUUUUGUUUUUGUUUGUUUUUUUAUUUUUGUUUAACGGACGAAUAUUUAGAAAACAAUUUGAUUUCUCGUUUUUUCAUUUUUGGUUUUAUUUUGAAACUCUAAUGAAUGCAUGAAACAUGAAUUCUCCAUCUCCUCAUCUGUCUUUCCCUCUUUGUUACCAGCUGGAUUGGUUGGAGUCAUGUCUCUGACGUAGGACAGCGUCUCAAAGGGACGUCGGUUAUUGUCGUAAUUUUCGGUAUUGGAAAAUUUUCGGUUUAUCGCCCAGCCCUUGGAAGAAAGCAAAGAAAAGGUCUUGUUUUUCGUGCUUUGAGUUAAUAAAACGGGAAAACAAAGUGGUCACAUGACCUUGUUUUUGGUUGAAGAUUUUUUCAGUUUUCAGUUUAAAAUGAAAAAGACAACCUAAAGACGAAGGACGGACCGCAGGGGCUUUGAUAUUGAUUCAGCAUCCUCAAACAAAGAGAGAGAGAGAGAGUGCAGUAAUGGUCGUGCGACAUUGAGACUGAGACGGUUUCUCUCCAAGAAGCUCAUUAACAGAAAUCAAACACCCUCCCGCUGGUUCAUGAGGGUGCGGAUGUGUUUGUCCAGAAUAACCACCUCUGCCCUCCUCUUUGUCUCACAGGGAGAAUCUGGCCAGUGACAUGUACCUCAUUUCCCAGAUGGACAGCGACCAAUAUGUGCCAAUAGUGACAGUGGCCAACCUGGACCACGUCAAGAAGCUCAGCACGGACGUGGAGCUGAUUGUGGACAUUUUACGAUGUGAGUGUCGCCCUGAAACAGAGAAUUUUUUAUCAGUCUUUGCUUUGAGCCGAUUUCCCCGGAGAGGUUGUUAAAAUGCGUCCAGCAGAGUUUCACCUGUUAGCGGCUGAUUUAUUCACACAGGCUUUAUAAGCUGCUCUUUUAAGAUUCUGUACAGAGUUUGUGUUUUAAUCACGCUCGUGUUCGGCUGCGUGUGUCUCUGAGAUUAAACGCACGAAGGGCUCGGUCAUCAUCCAUGUCUCUUCCUUCUCUCUGAACUUCCAGCUCUGCCGUUGGUUCAAGUGGACGAGAAAGGCGAGAAGGUGCGACCCAAUCAGAACCGCUGCAUCGUGAUUCUCAGAGAGGUCCCCGAGAGCACGCCCAUAGAGGUCAGUGGAUGUGUCAAUAAAACAGGUUUGAGGAUGACUGCGUUGAGACCGGGACUUCUUUGUGAUUUAUUUCUGCGAUGCUCUGAAAACAACGUCCCUGAAGUGUUAGUGUCAUUGUGUUUUCACCCGAGCGUAAGACUCUAUUCGGGUUGAGUGUGAGCGCAACGUUAAAGUAAGAAAGAACUUCUGGGUGUUACUUUUUACACAGCUUUGCAAAGUUGUGAAGUUAGACCUUCGCAGGAAACAUCCGAUGUCUGCCCCACGCCCCGUAAAGUCUAAGAAUCUCAGAAACAAGAAAGUUUUUCAGAUGUAGACAUGAUUCUUCUACUGUUGGUUUGGUUAACUUUGUGGUAACUUUUGUUUUUAAAUGUGUCGUGAUUAAACGAACUCGAGGCGUUGACGUUAUUCCCUCUCUUCUUCUGUAGGAGGUGGAGGCUCUCUUCAAAGGGGACAACUUACCGAAGUUCAUCAACUGUGAAUUUGCCUACAACGACAACUGGUUCAUCACCUUUGAAUCAGAAGCAGAUGCACAACAGGUAACGACACAACACACUAGGGCUGGGCGACAUGUCCUCAAAUCAAUAUCACGAUAUAUUGAUCAGUUAACCUUGAUAACGAUAAAUGGACGAUAACUACUCCACAAGCUGCUCACCCCCUCCUACAUUAACGUCCUUUUUAACCCUCUCUCUCUCUCUCUCUCUCUCUCUCUUUCUUUCUUCAAACAGGCAUAUCAGUAUCUCCGCGAGGAGGUGAAGACCUUCCAAGGGAAACCUAUUAAGGUACGUUACAUUAAAUGACACCUAUCUCAAGUUUUGGUUUAAAGAAAGUUGAAAAGUUUAGAAUAAAAUAUCAGGACAAACCGUGGAGGUUUACAAGACGACAGAACGUCUGAUCCGCACACUUUCUUUGGUUUUUGUUCUUAUUAAAGUGGUUCCUAAUAUCUGACAACAUUAUAAAUGAUACUUGAUAUAUUUAAUUCAAAUGCCACAAAAAGAGACUAAAUGUUCAACUCAAAAAUCCUCUUUAGGUUUUAGCUCUGCUGCCAAUAAAAACAGGUUUUCAAGGAUUUUAGUUCAGGUCAGUAAAUCUCCAAAUUAAAGUCAAAGAAGAGUUUCAGUCAGUACGUUUACAAGCUCAGUCAGGUCCAGUUAAGUUUAGAAAAAAAAGGCAAUUUACUGUUUGACCUGAUUUUUCAAAACAAUCGACAAACAAGCUAGCAUGAGACUGACGCUUUAGAUGCCGAGCAGCUAAAAAACUUAAGAUCUCUGACAGAAAAGUCUAAAUUCUCUGGUUUUAGUUGGAAACUCUAAAUCAAACUCGCUCCUGUGACCUUUCUUUUCUCCACCCCACUGAGCUCACAUUAUCCGCAGGUCACGAUCAUAUCUUCAGUGAUGAUAUGAUUGUGUUCCAGUCGGUUUAAAUGUUUGAUUUUCUUUGGUGCAGACGGAGAUAUGCUCUCUCCUCAGUGUCACAGACAAACACACCGACAGUUUUCAGCGAUCUCAGGUCUUCACUCGAGGUUCACUCGGAGGUGAAGUUACGUCACUCUUCAAAGUUGAUUCACUGAUGGAUGAAAAUCCUCAAACAUCACAGAAAGAGCCCGACCCCGCACAGACGGACCUCUUUUUUCCACUUUAUUCUUUUAUUUUCUGCUUUUCUGUUUGACCUUGGAGCCACGCAUUCACGAGUUUACCUCUCAUUCCUUCUGCUUUACUAAGAGAUUCAUUCAGAGUGUUACAUUUUAAGCAUCUAAAUAACUAAACAACACAAAGAAGCUGCAGCAAACAAAUGAGCUGAUUACGGGUUCAUACUGUGUGUGUCGGGCAGAAAGUUUCAAACUCGUUUUUAACCAAGAGCAGCCUGAUGAUUCCUCUCUUCAGAACAGCCCGACUCCACCGACAAAAACAGUAAUUUAACCUCAGAGGGGCGUCACUGUUGCUCUCUCGAGCGCUCGGUGUGUUUGUGUAACCAGGUGAUAAAGGAUCAGAGCUUAACCUGAGAGAAAAACCCAAAAGGUGUAAACAAACGUCAACUCCUCUGUGCUGGGAAGUCAACGACUGAUUUGACCGAUGGUGAAGACAGUCAUGUAAGAGCUGCUUCUAGAAGAUGAUAAAAGUCCGUUCUCCUCAUGAAAUUGAUCGUGGAGUUCCUCAGGGGUCAAUUUUGGGACCAGUUUCAUUAUCUGUUUACAUCCUGCCUCUUGGUCACGUCAGACGCAAUAUAUCGUUUCAUUGUUACGCUGAUGACACUCGGCUUUAUCUGUCAUAGGAAUUAAUGGUCCCUGAUAAACUAACCAAUGAAAUCAAACUAAACUGAUGAGGUCACCAUUUUUGCUGUGACCUGUCCAUAUUUUCAAACUCAUUUCUGAACUACGGAAGAGGGGUGUGUCAAAUACAGCGAGGUGAUUGGAUGGAGAGGCGGAGCAGGGGAUAUUUUUCCCGGCUAUGUUUUUUUCUGUAGGAUGGUUGGAGAAAGUCCUGCCUCCUUCGCCUCUGAUUGGCUAGAAAAUCUGGAAACGCCAUGCGAGCUGUCGGCUUUGUACAUUGAACAGAACAUUAUCUGAAUAUCGCAGUCCUAACCCUAACCCUAACCUGACCUGGCAGACGAUGUUUCACAGUCAUAAGGAAUAACCAAUCGGAGCUCAGCACUUAUAGCCAAUCAGAGGCGAAGGAGGGCAGGACCUUCCCCUACCAUCCUUCAAAAAAAAAUUCACGUCCGGGAUGGAUGGCUCCCAUUGGUCAAUGUUUUUGCAGCCCUGCACCUGCUUGGGUUUUUUCCGUUCUGUUUUCUCUUCACUUUGUGGAGAUCGCACUAUAGGACCAUGAUCGCCAUAGAAACGAGGUUCAUAAUAAUUACUCUCUCCAAUCGUCAGCCAUGACUUUAACGAACAGUUCUCUCUUAUCGCAAAAGUGCGUGACCCAGCAGGUAAUCGUGUCGACUAAACCUGACUUUAACUCGAUGUGAAAACACGCAGAGAGGAGAUUGAGAUGGAUUUUAAUUCUCGCCUGUCAGUCGACGCCGCACUAUCCAUGAUGUCUGAAUCUUGUUCCCGCUGUCUCUACAGGCGAGGAUAAAGGCGAAGGCAAUCGCUAUCAACACUUUCAUGCCAAAGAACGGAUACCGGCCGGUGGAGGUCAACCCGUACGCCCAGCAGCGCUACACGUCUUACUACAUCCCGCCGGUUUACAGUCCUCAGCAGCAGUUCCCCUUAUACAGCCUCAUCACGCCGCAGGCCUGGUCCGCCACGCACAGCUUCAUCGACCCCACACUGGUGAGGAUCAGCAGGGAGACCUGACCUGGAUGUGCAUGUCUUACAGCUGCAUGGUCAUUAUUUCGACUCUGACUUUGUUUUUGUUUCCCAGGUUGCACCAUUUCACAACAACCAGUUCAUUAAUGGAUUCACCACGUCACACAGCUUCAAACCAGCGUCGUCCCCCCUCACUGUCAGACACUACUCACCGAGGAGCAGGUUCGUAUCGUUUAAAGAGGAAGAGGGUAUCUGCUGGAACAACGCAGAGUAAAAAGACUCUCUCUCUCUCUCUUCAGGAAUCACAGUAAACCUCACUUGAGGCCGACAGUCCCGACAGCGGACCGCAACGCCGGGCUCCUCGACAACCCCGGCCUCUUUCCCAGCUUCCCAAGCGAGAGGCUCAACGGGGUCCGCAGCAGUCCGCCGAUGAGACUCCCCACCAGCCAGCCCAGAACCAGGUUACCCUCCACCGCAGCCUUCCCACGCAGAGACACGGUGGGCACGGGGCGAGUGACCGAGCCCACCUCCGCCGAUUACUCCCUUGGAAUCGGGCGAGGAAGGUACGACGAGGAAGAGUCGAAUUUCUCCAAAACACGAUUAGAAAACCGUGGUUUUGUCUUCGUCUGAAUAUAAUAGUUAGCGUAUUUUUUAAGGCGCAUUUUUAGCUUGUCGGAGCACUGCGGCUACCGUAGCCUCGCAGCGUUAUUGACUGUUUCGUUUGGCGUUUUUGUUUUGUGCGCCUUAUAGUGCGAAAAAUACGGUUUAUGUGAAAUUUCAAAGCCGACGAGAGAAGUUUUAAUCGUCAGUUAACUCCACCUUUACAGAGUUGAGACAAAAUCAGCGCUAACAAACGGGUUAACACUUUGUCCACAGGGGGCGCCAAAGUCAACACAGACAUAAAGUUCCUCACUGGAGCUUUAACAUCACAAAGGACUCUAAUAUUUAGAUUUUGAACAACCAGGAACGUUUUUCCACAUUUCCGAUAAUUGACCUUACUGAACCUGCUCCUUGAAAAAGCCGUUUUCUUCUCUGGUGUCGGGGUCCAGGUGCCGCUAAAGAAGGACGCAGACACUAAGAACAAAAGGCGAACAGAUGGGAGUCAGGGUUGUAGAAUGACUUAACACUUUGUCCACAGGGGGCGCCAAAGUCAACACAGACAUAAAGUUCCUCACUGGAGCUUUAACAUCACAAAGGACUCUAAUAUUUAGAUUUUGAACAACCAGGACUUGGAACGUUUUUUCACUCUCUAACAACCUCUCGUACCUCUUGACGGGGUUCCACAUUUCCGAUUAUUGACCUUACUGAACCUGCGCCUUGAAAAAGCCGUUUUCCUCUCUGAUGUCGGGGUCCAGGUGCCGCUAAGGAAGGACUCGAACACUAAGAACAAAAGGCGAACAGAUGGGAGUCAGGGUUGUAGAAUGACUUAACACUUUGUCCACAGGGGGCGCCAAAGUCAACGUAGACAUAAAGUUCCUCACUGGAGCUUUAACAUCACAAAGGACUCUAAUAUUUAGAUUUUGAACAACCAGGACUUGGAACGUUUUUUCACUCUCUAACAACCUCUCGUACCUCUUGACGGGGUUCCACAUUUCCGAUAGUUGACCUAACUGAACCUGCGCCUUGAAAAAGCCGUUUUCUUCUCUGGUGUCGGGUCCAGGUGCCGCUAACUCAGAGACCGAACAGAUGGGAAAAAUGAGGCUGAAGAGACCAAAACUUCUCAGUACCGUGAGGAAAACCGGGGCUGAUAUCCUGGAUUUGGUCGAUGAUCUUUAACCGUCUUUUACUUCCCCUGAUAAUAUUGAACCCUGACUGUCCAGCCUGGUUUGACUGUCUGUUUGAGAUAAACUGGAUGUUUGUAAAUUGAAGUGUUCUCUUUCUUAAAGGAAAAAUGUUUCUGCUUCUAGGAAAAAGAGGGACGAAAAGUUUACAGUAAGUACUCUUCCACUGGCCUCCUUUCGUUUUAUCUCUGAAUGACUCUGAAUAAGGACAGUUUCGGAGAACUCUGACUCUCUGCUCUCGUUCGGUUUCCAUCGCUGACUCUGUUUCUCUCGACGUCAUGCAGAGAGUGACGCCUCAGUCGCCGCCUCCUCCUCCCAAACCCCCGUCUCCGAGCUUCGAGCUGGGUCUCUCCAGCUUCCCUCCCCUUCCCGGAGCGGCCGGCCAGCUCAAGACCGACGACGUGUUCGAAAACCGACUGGCCAGCAGCGUCGUCGUCGGAACCACAAAGGAACGGGUAAGACCGAAACCAGGACCCCUUAACAGGCAGACCGACAGCGACCUCUUUCCUCUGAUUUCUCCUUUUUUUUUAAUCGCAGAAUGUAAGCGCCGAUUCCAGCACAGGAGGCGCUCUUUCUCCAGCGGGCCCCAAAGAGCCGCAUCGGUCCUCCACCUCCCCCAUGCCCACAAGCUUCCAGCCCUCGCCGCCGGCCUCGACCCCAGCCUCCGCCGCGACCGUGACCUCCUCCGCCGGCCCGCCGCACAGUCCCGCUCCCUCCCUCCCAUCAACGUAAGAGGGAAACACAGAGGAGCAGCUGCUUGAGUCGAAAAGAGAAAAAGUCUUGUUUCUGUUUGAUGAUUUCGAUGUUUUCUGUUUCAGGGAGGCGAAGGUGACGGAGGCGAAACCGAAGGAGGUGCAGCUCUCUGUGGAGCGAGUCCCCGGCACGCUGUCUACUGCGAGCAAAUCAGUGCAAGUUAACGGCGCCGCCACGGUCAGUAUUACCUUCUUCUUCUUCUCUUCACUUCUGUCCUUUCACAACUCCUCAGAGCUUAACUCACCCCCGAUUUUCACCACAUCCUGAACGGCUUCGAUUCGGAAUUCCUACCGGAUCCGUUGGCAAGGUAAAGAUUCACGUGCAAUUGUGUGAUAACAAGUUGUCUCUGUAAAGACAGACACAUAACCAUAAAGCAGUAGAUUGUGUCCUUCCAUAGGAGGAAAUCUACUUCUUGACCUCUAGAAUCAGCAUCUCCUCAUCCAUGGUUACAUCGGGUGUUUUAUUUUGAAAAGAAGCUGAAAGUUUUAUUUUGUGUCUGUGUCCGACUUCCUUUCCAGCACGGACUAAUCUGUGCUGAAUUUAUCCGGCAUGAUUCAGCGUCUGGAAAAAAUAGAACUCUUGCAAUCAGCUGCGCAGUCCGGCGAUCCGCAGCGGGACGGAAAGAAGCCGGUGGAAAUUGACAUGUUAACUUGAAUGGUUACGAUCAGCUACGAUCGGCGGGUACGGCCUUUUCGUAGCCGUUCCGGAUGCGUUGGAAAUUGGGCGUCAGAGUCGUAUAAAACAGCAAAUAUCUCGUCUCAUUACUCUGCAGCACUUGCAUGAGCAGCUAAAAGACGACAGACUGACGAUAAAGGCGAGGGUGAGGGGAGGAACGGCGAGCAGGUGUCGUGCAGAAUAUUUAAUGACUCCGUUGUUGAUUUUGUUGUCCUGCCAGGAGCUGAGGAAGCCCUCCUACGCUGAGAUCUGCCAGCGGGUGAAGGACGCCCCGACAUUACAGCAGCCACCCACCCCGAAGGAAGCCAAGCCAGCCUGCUCCGCCCCUGCAGGCGAGGAGCGGAAGUGCCCCGAUGCCUCCACCCCUGCAGGGGAUUCAAAGGCCAGAGAGACUUACCCCCUUUCCUCUAAAUCCGGCUCGGCGGCCGUCAUCCCGGGGAGACCUCCGAGGGAGGCCCGAAGGCCGGCCGGGCGGUGGGCCUCGCCGCCCCCACAUCCAGGGAAAACCCCCAGCAAAGAUCCCCAUCACACCCCGCCCAAAUCUCCACAGUAGGGCGACCCUUCCCUCCUGUAACCACGCUCCGCAGAUGCGAUUAAAAAAAAAAGGAAAUCUAAGUCAGGGCUACUCAAUACUUCGACCCCAGAAUCAGCAGUCACAAACUAGCAUUGAGGACGCCUUCUCUUCUGGAUCAGGGCUUGCAGACAAAAAGCACUUUACUGUGCAUGUAGAGCACCGUUUCAUUCUUUUACUCUUAUUUAUUUGCUUUUUUUAUUUUCACUUUUAUUUCUCUUUUUUUUUGCAUUACGUAGUCGUGUCAGCCCGACGGUCGGCACAGAAAACACUGAAAUUUAUUCAUCCAUUCUGUCUAAAUGGCCUUGUGGGAUUAAAUUAGUCUUGUGUGCACAGAAGCAGCAGCAGCAGCAGCAGCAGCAGCAGGGCAUUGUUGGAAGGCCCUCCCCCCCAGUGGAUGAUGGGAAAGAGUUGGUACAGACUCCACCUUUGUUGGCGCUCAUAGUGAGGGUUUGUUCGCAUGUUAAGAGGCACUGUUGUGCGUCUUUAUGUAGCCUGAUAACGUCUCAUAACGUGUAUUUUAGUGCAAAUUCACAUCCUGAUGCGAGAUCUUACAGCUAAAUCUCAUUUCCACGCGACUGGGAUCAUUUCGGUUUACAUCGUCUCAAAGCGGACUCGUUGUUUUCUUCUUGUUCGUCGACUCUGCUGGUAAUCGUCGCUGCGGCUGCCUCCUCUGAUCAACUUCCUCUGCUGUUUCCUUGUCGCUAACACUGCUCACCUGCUGGCUGUAGUGCAGAGUCUGCGUCUGUGGGCUUGUGGGAGAUGAACGCUGAUCUGGUGUCAUGAACUGUGUCCGUCUGCUUGAAGUCUCCCUGAGAGACAUCCUGAUAUUUUUACACCCGGGUCCGGUCUUCGCAUAUUUCUGGGAUCUGAAUGUCUUGAAUAAUCACCGUCUGUGUUCGUCGGCUGAAACACUGGACAGGUUCAGAUUGUUAUUUUAAAGGUCCCAUAAAAGGACGAACAUGCUCGCCACUCUGGACGACCGACCCUGAGAGCGUGGAAACCAAAGAGCCUCUGCACUGAUUCUGUCCCCCGUCUACUGGGUAAAUACAGACGCUAUGAGGUGAUUUGAACCGGCUCCUUUGGUGGAAAAAAAACACUCUUACUGUCAUUUCUCAGACAAAUCUGCUUCCUCUGACACGGUUUUGUUUUCCUGCUGUUGCUUUAAGUUACUCAAAAGUCGGAAUAACAUCUCAGAGACGCGCCGAUGGGGUCAGAUCCCGGUUUAUAUGUGUAGAAGUUCUCCUGGUGGGCUCGCCAAAUUCGUCAUGGUGUUUCUCUGCUUCUGCAUCCAAUCAGAGCUUGAUUCUUCCAGCAUCCCCGCCCACUCAGAUCACUCCGUGGAUAAAAAAGUAGAAACUUAGAACCGGCAGAUCCUCCACAGAGGCUAAAAUCGUGACAUUUCUUUCCGCUGAAUAAGAGACGUCUCUCAAAAGACGACAGGGACUUUUUUGUGAAAAGCUAAAAACACCAAACGUAGGACCUUGAAGUCCUUUGACGGUCUGUCCUUUUCACGCUCCUCUUCGGCUACAAUCUACCGAGACUUUACCACAAAUCGGUCCUUCAGAACUCAAAGUAUGCAAAUGUCGGAUCCGGGUUUGACGAGUCACUGGAGGUCGGGUUUUCUCGGCGUUCAUUUAGGGAAAAGCAGAGCCGCCUGUUUUUAAGCUUCAGCGCCCUCCUCUGUUCAUGUUUCUGUCUAAACUCUGUGGAGUUCAACCAUCUGCGCGAUGAUGAAACAGUUUGACGGUGAAGAAACGUCAACAUUAGCGACAUGACGCCGUACCUUUAAGGCAGGAGGAGGAGGAGGCGGUUUAGAGCUGAGCGUAAGCAGAAAAAGCACCAACUCAAACUGCUUCUUGGUUUUCCCUCUCCGUUGUGGUGCUCGACUUUAAAUCCUGGGAUCUGUUUCUACGGCUCAUCCUGUAACUGUACGUAGAGUAACUCAAGUUCACGUCUGUGGCUUCUUCCGCUCUGUUGGUGUUUUGGUUUCUUACCUGAAGCUCAAAAAAGGGAACGUGAUGUGGAGAGGUGCUAAAAGGUGCAAAAUCGCUUCUCUCCAGGAGUCGAUGAACCCUCGAAAUCCUUCUUGGACUUGUGCGCCGAGGCCUUCAGCUUGCUGGUCAGGUCGUUUUUCUGGUCUGGCUUUUUUUUUUCGGUUCUGUAUCGGCGAGGAUUGUCUUUGAGAGAGUGCCUGAAAAAGUGAUGAUGAUGGGAAGUGAGACGGUUGAAACCAAACAGACGGGGGUUAAAGAUAGGCGGGUUUCUUUGGAAGGUAGUUCGCCAUGUUGGGAGUGUGAGAGAGUUUUAGUUGGGGGGGGUCCCGUCGGGGGGCUCCUGUGGUCAGUGUUGAACCAAACACCCUGCAAAAACUUCAACGUUAGAGAGCAGGCGGGGUUACAGCCGGAGCGCAGUCGGGACAAUCAGAAACUGUCUGUGAAGGCGUUCAGCGUCUGAGUCGUUUUCUUCUUUUUUUGAUCCGUUUCUGUCACGUCUCUGUUUCCUCCAGUUUGCACACUUUAAAGAUAAAAAUUUGCGAUAAGACGACCCGAAGCACACGGUCCGGUCCUUUCGCUGCUUCGGAGAGAUCGUGUCGUUGAAUUUAAAGCACAGAGUAAAAACCGACCGGGGCGAGGUUCGUCGGGUCAGCUGGUGGAUCGUUUUCUCUCCUGGUGAAGCAGCGAAACUUUGGAUGAAGGGGACGAAUUCAGGCUUCGGUUGGGACGUCUGUCGUCUGUAGCAGCCACUUUGGCAGAAAACCAACCGAGUCUUUGAUUUUUUAAUUAUAAAAUUAGAAGAAAAGAGGUUUAAAAAGAGAUAAAAGUUAGUUUCCCCCCUUUCUGUUUAUCCGCUGUGUGCUCGGGUCGGUCUGUCAAAGUGAUCACCUCAGAUGCAAAUCCUCCUUAACGAAAAAAAACUAACCACUGUACUAUACACACAAUAAAAACCUACACUAUGUGGGACCUUGCAUGUCUCGCCAAAGUCUUCCUGCAACAAGAAGCAUUCUGGGUAAUCCCACUAAGAGAAAACAGGAGCCCACCUGGAUGAAGGGAAAGCUUUAUUUCCAAGCCUGUACUCCUGCUCAGAGCUGCUUUUGAUUUGGACGCUAAAUCUUGAGUUUGCUAAAAUCUCUAUUUUUGGAUUUUUCUUUUUUUUUUGAAGGACUGAGAUGCACUUGGAUGGGUCGGUUAGUGAUUAUUUUUUUGUUUUGCUCUUUUUUCUCAUCGGUGGAAAUGGAAAAAAAACAGAAACAAAUGCACCAUAUCCACUUAUUUAUAAACCAAUGCUGUUUAUUCCAUGAGAAUUAUUACGUUUUCUUUAUUUUAGGGAGAGGAAAAAGAAUAGAGACGCGUCGCCGUCUCUAGAUGUAAAAAAAAAAAAAAAUUCCAUCCAGUGUUUGAGAAACUUGAAUUUUAUUUAAACUUGAAAAAUGACUUUGCCUUAACUUUUAUACAAGACAAGCAUAGAGUUUAUUUCUUUUCGAGAUAAAAAAAUCCCCAAAAUGUUAAAGAGGUGUGGGAAAUAUUAACCAGACGUCACAAGUCUUAUUGAAAGAGAGAGAGAGAGCGCGCACGAGAGAGAGAGAGAGUACAAAUCGAGCAGCGUUUUCUUCUUUUCCCUGUUUUUGUAAAAUGUACGAGAAAGAAUCAUUUUGAUUGUCGCUUUUUGUUUCUUGUUUGAUAGUUUCAGGUCGUUAUUUUGGGGAAGAUUAUAAACCUUGUAAAUGCAAAACUAGUCAAUACUGUAUUAAAUUUGUGCACUUUGAAGUGUGUGCUUUGCUUGUACAGUUGUAAAUACUCAGAAAAAUAUAAGAGGUACCUUAAAAUGAUUAUUAAAAAUAUAUUGAUCUUGUUGAAUUAUUAAUGUCGCUAUCAAGCUGGAUGUAGGAUAUUAAAAAAAAACGUAAUGUUGUGCUUUUUUGGAAAUAUUUUGUUGAACUUUUUUGUUUUUAGUUUGGGUGUGCGGAGCUUGAAUUCUGCUCCACUCUGCGGGGUGGGCAGGUUGUCUGAUUGUACAUUUGUAUGUUUUUGUUUGUUGUCUUUCAUUCCAAUUUUUUUUUUUUUUUUUUUUUGCACCUGGGCGAACAGGUGUGUCCUAAGCCCCUCCCCCUUUUCACUGUGCACUAAUUGGAAAGAGCCUGUGGUACUGACAAGCAUCGUUAUUACAAACCUUGCAAAGCUGCGUGUCCGCCGGCAUCCUCUUUCCCGCUCUUGCUCGGACAGGAUCACUGUCAGGACUAAAAAAAAUACGCAAAAUGUUCAGAGCAAGUUAAUCUUCAAGAACUACUCUAAUAACGACAAGAUUGACGCUGCGUUUAGGCAUUUACGUUUUUCAAUCGUAUGUAAAUAACUGAAGUAAAUAGCCUCAUGUACACUGACACUAAUACUCAAAUAGAUGUAGUUAUGACAUGCUUAUACAUAUGUAACUGAGCUUAUAUCCAAACUGCAGCAAGUCCGUACAAAGGCAGAAUGAAUAGACAGUAUCUGAUAUUUAACAAUAAAGGUAUACAGACAGCAGUAUUGAUGUUUAAAAAGCAGUCAUAUUGAGCAAAAUUGAAGCUGUUCCUUUUUUAAACAUAUUCUAUCACCAUGAAGUUUGAAGUUUGGUUUUCUUGGAGUUUCCUUUAAUUCAAGCGUUUCCUCAUCAAAUGAUUAAUUAAUCAACUUUUUUGAGUGUGAGGCGAGAAGAUCGACACCUCACAUGCCACUGUUGUCACAUUUUUAAAUUGGCCCGGGCUAGCUAUUUUACGCUAGCGUAGGCUAGGCUAGGCUAGGCUAACUACCUCCAGACUUCCACUUUAACAAUCAGACACACGAAAGAUAUUUAUUCUCAGAUCAACUCUUCAAAAGUACCGUGACUCAAUGUCAUCUUUCUCCUGUAAAAUAUCGUAUUUUAUUCGCUAACAACAGCGACAGCUCUUGGUAAUAGGUUGAGUCACUUUUUCGGACUCGCUCCAGUUUAAUUGUACUUCCUUUCCUAUCCUCUAUGACUUACAUGAAAUUUCAAUCAGUUGGUUGCUGGUAAAUUGUGUUUUUUUUUACAUGUUCAUAAUAAUUGAACUUCGUUUUUGCACAAAAAGUGACGAAAUUAAAUUAAAAAUCAUAAUUAAAAAUUUUCUCGUUGAUUAUGCUAGUGUAGCCUGGAACAGCCGUAUACAACUCCAUCUCCGUCUUCUGAAAAACUGCGCCACCUAUCAUCCGUGUUUGUUUACAUCUAGGUAGUCGAGCGUAGUCGCCGUAGACAACCUCGGCUAGCUUUGACUCUAUAUUAGACUGACAUUUCUAACUCGUUUGACUGGAAUCAAACCGACUUAUCGUACUUUUUCAUUAUAUAUUUGGAGUUUUUUUAGCGUUCUUGUAGUCUAUACUGUGUAUUCCGAAAUAUGCGCUGGGUGGCUUUGACUUCUGGGAAAUGUAGUUGUUGGAGAUACUAAAUAUAACAUGCAUGUUGCUUGAGUGCGGGCAGAAAACUGCAGGAACUUGCUUUAAAUUUCAGAUAUACGAAAAACAGCCUGUAACUGCGUCCAAAAACUGGAAAGGAGGAUCCGAGAGCAGGAUACCAGCACUGACGUUAGCAUGACCUCUUAGAGCCGGCGAAUAAAGAGGAUGCCUGGCGGACACGUCGCGGUUUUUCCUGCUGUGCUUCAAGGUGAUCUGAAGCUCGACGCUCAUAUCAAAGAUGGAGCACAAUGAAACAUUCGAAGCACAUAUCUGAUCCUUUCACAUCUCCAGUUUGGGCGGCACCGACACUCUUAAGUUCAGGGGAUGUUUCAUGAAGCCGACCUGCGAGAUGACGGCGAAUAUCAGAUUUGUCGUCGUCGCGGCAGGUUGUGCUAAAAGUCCCCCCGGUCGGAGUGUCGAUGCGGCGACCGCACAGACGUGAAAACCUGUUCUUCUGUUUCUGGUUCAUGUUCGAACGCUUUCUCAAAGUGGUGUCUUCUUUGUGUUUUUGAGGGGGAGUUGGGGUCAGACGCCGAGGCUCAACUGGAAUCCCUUUUUUUUUUUUUGAUAUCUUAUGUUUUUCGAGCGGGUGUCCCUGCCCUGUUAGUACAGUAACGCUCAGUUUGAGAUGUCUGUUGAAAACCAUUUGAUCACAUGUGGACUGCAUUUUGACGUGGCAAAGAAAACCAAUAACUGUGCCAUUAUCCCGCUGUUGUUUUCGUCUUAACUGGGCGGUUAAACCUGUACAUAGCUGAGCGCUCGCCAUCUCGGCUUUCGUUUGUUUUUAUUUGAAGAUGUGAUUUUUUCCUGUUUUAUUUUGAAAGUCCAUCAGAGACUUCCCGCACCAGGAGGAGUCGACAAUGUGACGCCGCUGACUGUAGGAGCAGAUUUUGUGCGUUUGUAACUUUGCGGUCAACCCCCCCCGGUCGCCGAGGUCGCGGCAUGUUUGACCUCUGAACUCUUUGAGAAGCUGAUUACAAACUGGGCAUCCCUGAACUGUGAAUGUGUGCAUGUGUGGAAAAAUUCAAAAUGUACCCCCCCCCCCACCCAGUACUCCUCGACAUCCAGACCGAAGCAAAAGGUGACUCUUCUCUGAAGCGCGGUACCUCAGACUGCACGAUACCGCCUCCUGAAGGGAUCGUCCGGCGUCGUUGUGGCGGCCGCGAGUUCCUGCACGCCUCUCCUGUAUCAUGGACACAAACGCUCCACAUUCGGCGUUUUGGCGUCGGAGUUCCUUCUUCUCAUGGACUUCCACAUGGAGCCUCAUAUCAGCCUGUCAGCAGUCGCCUCAGCUCUCUGACUCCUCCCUCCUGUUUGCCCGUUUUGACAGUGCCAUUUUUUUUAUCGUAUUGUUUUCCCUCGAGGGUUGCAUCUUGUCGUAAAAGAGAAAAAAAAACAAACGGACUCCCUCGAGUUUCUUUUUUCGUUUGUUUUUUCUUUCAAAGAUUAAAUGCGCACCAACUGACUGGAACAAGACUCCACGUCUUUAUCAACUCACUGUGGUUUAACUCAUUAACACUCGUACCGUGCUACGCUAACCGCUCUGGACAAUCGAUGACCCCGUCCUGUCGGGGUUCGGACUGAAAACUUUGCCUAACGACACCUUUAACAGACGUGGGAUGGAGGCAGCGUUCAAGAGGGCUUCUUUUUGUUUUCAUCUUGAUUUUUCUUUCUUUUCUGUUUUUGGUCUAUUCUUCCAUCGAGACUGGAAUCAAGCGUACAUGUCAGCUAUAGAUAAUUUAAGUUACUCUGUGUCAUGAUGUAAAACUGUCUAAUUUGGAGAAAAAAUGUAGCUUACUGAAAAAUAAAGAUUUAGGCACUGUUGAGAAGCUGCUGUCUGUUUUGUUUUUUCAUUUUAAAGAUGAUAAAAUUAAGAUGACUGUGGAGAAAAAAAGGGGUUUACGGGAGAAGAAAGUUGAACAUUAACAGGCGAAAGUCUCAUUUUUACAUCAAAAAUGACGAUUGAGGACUGAAUAUUCAUGUAUCGUCAUUUUAAAGUCUUCAAUCAUGGGUGACCAUACGUUCUCUUUUACCCGGUCAUGUCGUCUUUUUUGGGGGCUGUCCGGAUUUAGUUCAUAGUUUAUAAAAUCUUUUAAAUGUUGGCGGUUUUGUACGCUAGUUUCAAUUUUGUUUCACAUGGACUUACUGAGUUAAGGUUCUUGCACAUCAGGUCCGACGCAAAAUUUCAAAAUAUUCGGAGGCGAAUUUUGACGUGCCUGACUUUACACGUCAAGCGCGCUGCAAUUUUGCGAAAGUACCGAAAAAAUAAAUGCUGCAAUAUCUCAGGACGGGAAAACUUCGCUAAUGUGAACACUUGUAUUGACAGGAUACAGGUUCAAAAAAUAAUAUUGACGACCGAAAUAAUCGCACAACAAAAACGCUCCGGGUGUGUAAGGACCUUUAGAAGCGUCUAGAAGACACUUGAUACGACCCGAAAGAAUCUCAAAAUUAACUUCCUGCGACUCUGUGACUCCGCCCCCACGUUGUCAUGUCCUCUUUUUGGGGAUUCAGAAUAUGGUCACCGUACUUAAAUCUGAUGUGACGGGGUCGGUGUGAGUCGAGCAGCCCUGUUUGGACCAUGUCCUCAUGAAAUAUUCCAAAUUCCAAAUAAAUACUGUGCGCUUAAAAUUGGGGUAGGCAGGAUUCUGUUAAAGAAGCAUCUUUUUAUUCCUUUUUAUGUAUUUACAAAAAAUCUUUUAAUAUCAGUCAAUAGUUAUUAGUUAUUGAUGACAUUUGGUAAUAUAACGAUAUCACUGUGUUCUGUUAUGUUUGUGUCGUCAACAUUUUAAAUUUUUUGAGUGGUCCGCUCUUUCUGACUGUAAACAAAGCCGUUCUCCACCUCCUCGACCUGAUUGGUUGUGAGGCAGAAACAGUAGAAACCAACCAGAAAGUUCGGAAAAUUGUCUGAAUCCUCCUUUGACCACGACUGCCGACACAAGCAAGAAAACAAAGUAAAUACCGGAGACUCUGGAGGAAUAACGGGCGCUUAAAACGGAGGUAGACCGGACAAGAGCUAAAAAGCCGGGUCAACAUAAACGAUGGGGGACGCUUGGGGAUCUUGGUGACCCUGUAACCUUUCUGCUGGACAGGUAAACCGCUUUAACAAAGUAAGACAAGUGUCUGUAACAGAAGUGUUUCUUGUCAAACGGACCUGCUGUAGCGUGUUGUAGCGCCAUCGCUAAACUGUCCUCCCUCGGGUCCUGGACUAUGUCACUUUAUCCUCGUUGUAGAAGUCCUGCAAACAUUGUGUUUGCUGGUAGUCUGUUGACAUCUACAGUAGCACCAAUGCUUUUGACUUUCACCUUGACUGGGCCCCAUUUGUAAUGAUCAGGUGUGGCCCUCGGUUCAAUUACCUGCUCUGUGUAAGAGGCUCCAGGUGUGUCUAAUUAAGCUCUCCAGUCUGACUGAGAGGAACUCAAAGACACUCAGAUCAAACUCUCACUAUUGCACUGACGAUAGUCGAUUGAAGCGGCUUAUCUGUUUGAUCGUAGUAAUAAAAUGGAUCCAACUUUUUUGAAAACAUUUUGUCUUUUCCAUCUUUCUGUGUGCGAGUCCUCGACAGCCUUUUUGAAAUCUUAACUUUUUAGACUCGAGUAUCUCACUGAUUAAUAGAGUCCGUCCUUAAGGGUUACACAUUUUCACCAUUUCAAAUUAACACUUAAUAACCCUGUUUCUGUACAAACUUUAUAUCCUUCCACUUAUCUGUCCAUUCUGGGUUGAGAUGCUGAAGAAAAUCAUUAGCAGCACAAUGGCGCCCUCUUGUGGUUGGCUUUAGUUUCCCACAUUAACCCUUGAACACUAUCUGGUGGAGACAUGGAUUAUCCACUUCACAACACCAUGAUGGACCAAAGGACCAAUGGUGGUCCUCUUCGCUGCAGGACAGAAAGAUUGAGAAGAUCUUUUGUUCUGACAGCCAUCAGACUUUAUAACUCUUGUGUAAAUAAUAGAUAACUUUUAGAGACAUGUUAUGUGAGAAAACAGAGAAUUGAAUUUCCCUUCAGGGAUGAAUUAAGUUCUAACAAACCCAAGAAAAAGUCCUUGUCAUCAAAAUAUAUAAAAACAGGACAAAUUAAAGUCGUUUUCUUUUAUUUUUAACGGUGCAAUGACAGAGAAGUUGUCGGUUUAUUAGAUCGGAGGUUUACGUAAAAGAAAAAAAACAAACCUUUUAAAACAAAAACACAAAAGAAGAUAAUAUUCAGAUUUUUUAACAGUUAAAGAAUAAGAUUUCUACUUCAGUCUACAGAACUCAGCCGAGUCUCCGGGAUAAUAAAACCCGAUUCCUGCGUAGAGCGGCUGAUCAAAGUGGGUGUGGAAACCGUGGAUGAGCCUCGUGACCCCGGUGAUGCUGUAGAAGGACAAAAUCCCCUCGCUGUGGUCCACGUAGACGCCGAUUCUGGUGCACAGAGAACCGGAGAUUUCGUCGCUCCUUUGAUUGUGCCAGAAGCGGUAACCUUUGCCGUCGCAAUCCAACGCCCAGGAUUUGUCGUUGUGCCCGAGUACGCACUCGACACAACUCUCUCCUCUGCUGAUGCUCUGGUACGUUACUGCGAUGUAGAGUCCUCCUCUCCACUUCACCUCCCAGUAACCUCUCCCAGUCACGCUCUCGUUGCUCAGGACCUGCCAGUAAUCCGUGAAUCUGUCCAGGUGUUCGAAAGAAGUCUGCGUUUCAGUCUCCAGUGUUGCUUUUUUGUUCCUCGCAGAUAGCAAAAUAUGAGGGUGCGCCGUGUUCGGAUCCAGCGUGAUGUCGACAUAAUAUUUGAAGAGGUCCGCUCUGGUUAGAGGUUGUGGGUUUAGGAGCAAAACAUCUCCUGGAGUCUCUGACUGUGAGCCGUCUAUCCAGUUCCUCAUCAAAAUGUCUUCGAUUUUCCGUCCGAUUUCGGACACAGCAGUUGAAAUACCGUGAAGGGGACUCCGAUUUACAGCGUUUGAGACGCUUGAAUGUGAAGAUUGACUGAGCGCUGACUGUGAGGGGUAGUUCUGGAGAAACUGGAUGUGGUCCUCGGCUUGCGACAGCUCCUCCAGCUCAGCGUCCUUCCUCUUCAGCUCUGCGAUCUCCUGCUCCGCCGCCUCCCGAAGGUCUCUCAAUCGACUCAAAUCGGUUUUCUGCUGAGAUCUAACCUGCUGCUUCACGUCGGAGCGUCUUUUCUCCAUGAGGCGGAUCAGGUCGGUGAACGUCUUCUCGCUGUUUUGAACCGCUUUAUGAGCAACGUAAUUGAUAUGUGCCGAACUUUCUUGAAUCUGCUCCACGUUCUUCUCUCUGUCCUCGACUCUCCUCUGGAUUUUUCUUCGACUCGCCUCCAGAUUUUUCUGCUUCUCCGCUCUUUCUGCCGCCGCUGAGACCGUGUCGUGGCCUUUAUGCCCGUCCAUCGAACAAAGAUAGCAGAUGGGCUGCUGGUCAGUGCGGCAGAAUAUCUUCAUCACCUCAUCGUGACUGGAGCAGACGUUCUUCUGGAGGUUGUUGGAUGGAUUCACCAGCUUGUGCUUCUUCAGCGGAGGAACUUCGAAAUGAGGCUGAAGGUGUCUCUCGCAGUAAGAGGCCAGGCAGACAAGACAAGAGUUAAGAGCUUUUCGUUUCCUCCCAGGACAGACGUCACAGGCCACAUCUUCAGGUCCAGCAAAGCAGUGAUCAGCAGGAGCAGGUUGGAGUCCGGUCUUCUUCAGCUCCUCCACUAAAUGUGCUAACACCGUGUUUUUCCCCAGGACAGGCCUCGGUGUGAAGGUCUGUCGACACUGAGGACAGCUGUAGACGCUCCCCUCAUCUUGUUGAUCCCAGUGGGUUUUGAUACAGUUCAUGCAGUAACUGUGUCCACAGGGGAUAGUCACUGGAUCCUUGAGCAGGUCCAGACAGAUCGAACAGGAAAUAACCUCACGGUCCAGCUCCAACUCUUUCUCUGCCAUCUUUGUCAGCGUUUCACUUCAUCAAAGGUCAAAGUUGUUCUUUUACUGACUGGUUUCAGCUGUUUUUUAACCACAGAUCUGAGGGGAAAAACAGAAAUGUACGGUCAGAUUAGAGCAGGAAGGAAAAAGGAGUUAAAGGGAUAUUCCGGCGUAUAAUUUCAUUCUCUAAAAUGAAGAUUUAAAGUGCAUUAAAGGUGAAGUUAUGGAAUUAUAAUGGCAGUAACUUCAAGUUGUGAAUACCAGAUAAAUUCAGCUUAUUAAUUCUCCACAAAGUCUUAAAAAGUCUGAUAAAUUUCAGGAAUAACUCCCCAAAACACUGACAUUAGAAGAUGAGAAGGAAGAGAUGUUAUCUUAAGAGCUGAGGGGCUGAAAAUGCGACAGUGACACCAGUCUGAAACCUGUUUUUUUUUUAACAUAAUACAGAAAAACUAAACAGAGGCUCCAAAUCAUCACAGUUUUCAGUCUACACCAGCUAAAAGUCGCAGUUUGACAAACAACAGCGCUUUUAAUUCAAUUUUACAGCUAGUUAGCCCAACAACAGGAACAGAAAUGUGUUUUUAAAGGUACCAAACACUUUCCUUACCUCUUAAAGUCGCUCUUUGAGGUGGAAACACUUUCAUAAUCCGAGUCUAGAAACUAUUUUCUGCUGCUCUGAAUGUAAACACCGCGGACGCCUCUUCCGUUUCCUUGUCUACCCGGAUGUGAUGCGAAAUGCGGCCGAGUCAUGGCCACGCAAAGGACUCUGGGAUAUGAAGUCUUUACUCGAACACAAGCAAGAACCUUUCUGGGCUUCUACCGAGAAUUCUUCAGCGGGUUCGUUGGAUUGUAUAAUAAUAAUAAUAAUAAUAAUAAUAAUAAUAAUAAUUAUUAUUAUUAUUAUUAUUAUUGUUAUUAUUAUUAUUAUUUGUUUUUUAUUUGUUUUUAUUGAGUCUUAUUUAUAAGGUGUUCUUGACCUCGUACAGGUGCAGCUCAAAAUAUUAAAUCUUGAAUCUUGAGCUCAUGAAAUCAAAAAUCCAACAUCUCAAAAGGUCAGAAUAUUACAAAACAAAACAAAAAAAAUACAAAAAAAGUAUUUAUGACCCAGGAAUGAGCCAAGUAUAGAUAUAGAAGAUACAAAAUCACAAUCCCAAAAAAAAAGAGUAAAGUUUAACAAAUCAAAAUUCAAAACAUUCAGACAAUUUAAAAUUAUAGAUUUAUUUAAGAAAUUCACAAAAAAAAAGUAUAAAAACAAAAAGUUUUGAAAACAAAAAUAAUUUUGGAAACAAUUUUUUUAAAAACACAAAUUGAUUCCUAAAUCUAUAAAAAAUUAGAAAAUGGUAUAACUAGUUUUGGCUGAAAAAUAUCAAAUAUAUUUGGGUUUACAUUUUUUUUUUUUUUUUGGGGGGGGGGUUCAAAAAGGAUCCUUGUUUCAUAAAAAAGUAUUGGAUUUUAACAUUUAAACAGAUUUUGUUUUAAUUAUUUAUUUUUUGUUUGGUUUCUUUUUUAUGUGGAAAUAUCAAGCGGACUAAAAGCACAGUCUUUAAACAUAUUUGGAAACAACAUUAAAAAAAGGAAGAAAAAAAAACAAAAUAAGACACCAUGAAACCCCACACUGUAUAAUAAUGAGUAUGAAAAUAAUAUUAUCAACUACAAUAAUAACUACAACAGCAGAAGCAAAAAUAAUAAUAGGAAUUCAUACCUGUAGGCUGAUGAGAGUUAAACAGCUGAUAAAGAGAAAACAAACAACAUAGAAAACAUUUCCUUUAUUAUAAUGUCACUACAUCCACACUAUUCUUCUGCUAACAGACGAUAUAUUUAGGGCAAGUUUGUGAAACAAAAUGCUUUUAAGAAACAUAAUUAUGCCAAAAAAGUCUAUGGCAUCAACCUUCAUUGAGGCCUUUAAAAUCACUGAGGUUCCCCUUAUUUACAGAGUUAAAUUCCCCCUUUAAAGUCCUUUAUUUCAGUUUACACAACUUCGCCUUCUCUGUAACAUAAAGUCCAGCAUGUAGAGGCUGAGUGAACGUGGUCUGGACUCUGUGGAGGAGAGUCAUGGUUUCAGAGACGCCGUAGAAGGACAGGAUACCUGCGCUGUGAUCCAGGUACACUCCUAAUAUGGAGGACUCAGGACCUGUGAUAGGAGUCCUGACGUUGUUGUGCCAAAAGGUAUAACGGUUGUUGAAACAGUACAACCCCCAAGAUUUGUCAUUAUACCCAAAUAAAGUUUUAUCUGACCUCCCUUCUCUGCUGAUGUCCUUGUAAGCGACUGCUACACAAACUCCCUCUCCUCUGCACUCCACCUCCCAGUAAGAGCGUCCGGUCAGACCCUCUUUACUCAGGACCUGAUUCAGAUCGGUGAAUCUCUCCGGGUGACUAAAAUAAGACUGUUCUUGAUUUGUCCUUGUUGCUUUUCUGUUCCCAUGAGACAGUAACAGAUGUUUGUUCGCCGUCUUUGGAUCCAGUGUGAUGUGACGGGAGUAUUUGAUCACGUCAGCUCUGGUUUUUGGCUCCGGCUGUGGGAUGUUUGUCUCGGUCACUUUUGUCCAUCUCUCUCUCAGAACUUCCUCUUGUGCAUUUCUGACUUCUGACUCAGUCCUUUCUUCUACAGCCGAGGCUGUAUCAAGGCCUUUCUCUUCAUCCACAGAGCAGAGAUAAGAGAUAGGCUGCUGACCAGUUUGGUAGACCAUCUCCGUUACCUUAUCAUGGCAAAAGCAGACAUUCUCCUGGAGGUUCUCAGAUGGAUCCACCAGCUUGUGUUUCUUGAAUAAAGAUACGACAAAAUGAGACAGAAGGUGUUCCUCACAGUAAGAGGACAGACAUUGCAGACAGGACUUGGCGGCUCUCAGUUUUCUCCCAGUGCAGACGUCACAGGCCACAUCUUCAGGUCCAGCGUAGCAGUGAUCAGCAGGAGCAGGUUGGAGUCUCGUCUUCUUCAGCUCCUCCACCAAAACUGCUAAAACUGUGUUUUUCCCGAGGACAGGCCUCCGUCUGAAGGUCCGUCUACACUGAGGACAGCUGUAGACUCUCUUGACAUCCUCUCCAUCCCAGUGGGUGUUAAUACAGAUCAUGCAGUAGCUGUGUCCACAGGGGACCGUCACCGGAUCCUUCAGCAGAUCCAGACAGAUUGAACAGGAAAUACUUUCUCGGUGGAGCUGGUUCUCUUGCUGAGCCAUCUCUCCUCUCUCUCUCUCUCUUUUUGGACGGUGUCUGAGCUCUGAGGGCUCACAGCUGUCUGCUCGUGUAUAAUCUCAGUGGAUCGAUCAGAGUUCACUGUAUUAAGGGAGGAGAUUUAUGCCUUUGAUAGAACAGACCGGGUGUGUGAUCUGUCAUUUACAGCCUGCAUAUAAAGUUGGACUCUGACACUUUGCUCAAACCCGUUGGAUACUAACUGUUGCAGAGACCACAUUACGACCUAUUGUUGGACUCUUUUAGAUUGACACAACUUUUCAAAGCAGAGUCCCUCCUAGAAAACGUUCCCAUUUCUGCAGCGAUAACCAGGACCUAAGAGACCUAAACUUACCUCAGUCCCAGCUCACCACAGCUGAUAACAUCUGACCCAAUUAUGCGCCAAUUACCCAAC